CAGUGGACGCGCGAUAAAAGGUUUUGAAGUCUUAAGCUUGCGGUUGGCUCUGGCGGCGGCGUCCUUCACGCCGGGAUCUCGCGAGAAUAGGGUGGGGAAAGAGAGCGCGCGAAAGAGAGCGCGCUCGAGCUCGGCCCCGCCCCUUGCCACUGUGGGCGUGUCCAAAUUUUGAAGGCGACGGCGGGAAGAGGGAGGCGCGCGGCAGUUGGAGCGUCGUAGCGGCCGGGUCGGCUUCUGGUGACCUGCGCUGAGUAGUUCAGGUGACACGGGUCUUUUGAGGGCAUGUGAGGAGAGGGCUGGCUUGGGAGGGCGGCGCCGCCCCCCGCCUCCACUUUCCCUCUGGGUGGGGUUUUUAUUGGGAUUAUUGUUAUUAUUAUUAUGUCUAUACUGCUUUAUCUUUUGCAAAUCGCUUUGAGGUUUUUCCACGACCGAGCGACGUAUGAAGCUUUACGGAAUGAAAGGAAUUAAAUACACACGUUCAUCAGUUUCCUGCGAUAGAGAACGGGGUGCCAAGUCUAUUAUUACCUACAGGAGAGGGAUGAGAUUGUAAGCCGCCUUGGGCGAGACAAGGCGGCCUGCAAAGUCAAUACACAAGAAUACAGGCACCCGUAAAUGAAUUUAUGACCCAUAAAUGAAUAUAUCGCGACACGGGUUUGGGAUGAAGCUGCUUUUUAAGCGGUUUCUUCUCCCGCAAGUUCUUACAGGAAUCGGGCAGAGGAGAGGGGGGAAAGCGAAUGGCAAACGCGGCCAAGGACCCGUUGAAAUGCUGUCGCUUUGAAAUACAGUCAUACCUCAUGUUAUGUUUGCUUCAUGAUACGUUUUUUCAGGUUGCGACCCAGAAGUACCGGAAAGGGUUACUUCCGGGUUUCGCCGCAUGCGCAGAUGUGCAAAAUGACAUCAUGCGCAGAAGCGGUGAAUCGCAACCCACGCGUGUGCAGAUGUGUCGCUGUGGGUUGCGUUCUAUGCAUGUUGCGAACGGGCCUCCGGAACGGAUCCUGUUCGCAGCCAGAGGUACCACUGUCUAUUCAAUUUUAAUAAACAUAAUGAGGUUACCAGACGUUAGGCUAUCUUUAUCCAGAUAGGAAUGCAGCUGGGCCAUCAAGCAGUUUACAAAAAUAAAAAUAAAACAGAAAAAUUCACAGCCAUACUAAAACAGGUUAAAAUUACAGUCAUACCUCAGGUUGAAGUAGCUUUGGGAUGAAUACUUUCGGGUUGCGCUCCGCAGCGACCCGGAAGUAACGGGCUCCGUUUCACCGCUCGCGCAUGCGCAGACGCUCAAAAUGACAUCACGCGCAGACGCCGAAUUGACAUGACGCGCGGACGCAGGUUGCGUUCACUUCUGGAUGCGAACGGGGUUCCGGAAUGGAUCCCGUUUGCAUUCAGGGUACCACUGUACCUCAAUAAAAUAGUCAAAAAUCAACAUGAAUAUUUAUUGCAAUAGAUAUGCUGACUCCUGUAUUCAGCCACAAAUCCACGGACACAUCAUGAACCACUGGAAUGAUGUUUGUGGACCAUUGUUGGUCCAUGAACCACAGUUUGGGAACCCCUGUUCUAGGUUCAAUCCCUGGCAUCUCACACUCCCAGAUAUCGAAGAGAAAGCUUCCUAUCUAAAACCUGAACAGGUGUGGCACAUCAGAGAAGUCAUUGGUUUAGAAUGACAAGUAGUCUGAAAUGAUAGAAACUGACAGUUUGCUCUUUAUGUUCUUUAGAUUAGGCAUCAGUAUGUGUAGUAUUAGUGGCUCUUGUAAGUGGCUCUACUAUCUUCUGAGGCAAAAGCACAUAACCUUUCUGCUCCCCUUUGAGGGCAUUUUUCCAAGGGCUGCAUACUGACCGUGGGUGGCACAGAAGCCACUGUUUGGCAUGGUACCUCCUUUACUCUCAGCCUCCAUUACCCCAUACUGCCAGGUAUGGGAAGUCCAGUAAUUUUUACCUGAGGCCUGAACUGAUCACUUGCAUAGGGCUUCUCAAAAUGGGCUGCAUAUUUCUCACUUGUGUGCCCUAAAGAAAUGAGAGGGCAUGUGCUAAAAUAAAAAAGUGACAUUGAUUUUGAAUAUAUUCCACCUGUGGAAACUGCAGGUGGUUUUUCUGAAGUUUUGUCGUUCUAAUCUUGCUUGUUAACUACUAUGGAAACCUUUGGUGGGAAGGCAGAAUAUAAGUGAAAUAUGAAAUAAUUUAGAACUAGCUUUCAAAUAAAAGGGUUUGCAAAGUAAUACAGGUAGAAGCUUGUGUUUAGGCAAGUUGAAAAAACUUGGAAAACUCUGGUAACUAGGCAUAAUGGUUGAUCCAUGGUGAUGCGAACACCUAGUGAAGUGGGUUCCAUGAAUGUACAAGAUUCAGUUAAGUUUUUAAAAUGACCCAUUUCUUUGCAGCUAUGAAAGGGAAGAAGUUCAAUAUUAAGGAGACCUUUGAAAAAGCUCAAAAAGCUCACCAAAAUCAUGCAAAACUUGUGGCAUCCUUGAAGCACAUGUACAAUGAGGUAAAUAUUAUUAAUUUCAUGCUUUUUUACUUUAACCCCCAAGGGUGGCUAACACAUUCAUAAAAUACAUUGGUCUCACUGAAAACCUUACCCUUUACACAUCAAAACCAUGCAAUGGUUGCUUCAAGAAAGAUAUUGGGUGGGAAGUAGAAUAUGUAACAGAAUAUGUAACAGGAAAGCUUGGGCAACUGAGCAUAUCUAACAGGCAUGUGAAAGUACCUUCACUUGCCUGCCUUCCCUAAAUAAAUACAACUGCAGAAUAUCCAUAUGGAUUUGCAAGUACAGUGGUACCUCGGGUUAAGUACUUAAUUCAUUCCGGAGGUCCGUACUUAACCUGAAGCACCACUUUAGCUAAUGGGGCCUCCUGCUGCUGCUGCGCCGCUGGAGCACGAUUUCUGUUCUCAUCCUAAAGCAAAGUUCUUAACCUGAAGCACUAUUUCUGGGUUAGUGGAGUCUGUAACCUGAAACGUAUAUAACCUGAAGCGUAUGUAACCCGAGGUACCACUGUAGUGAACCAUGUUCAGUUUACAACAGUAUAUUUUGUAGCAAUAAACAGUGCUUCACUUCCAUAUAACAGUUCUCAAAGUGCUUCAUGUUAUGUUGGUACAGAACCCUUGUAGUAUUAUUGUAUUGCCUAAGUGGAGGAGGAAAGCAAGGAUUGAAAGCGGCGUACUUAUGGUCACCUAUUGAGUUCAGGAGAGAUGACAUUUGUCAAUGAAUCCAGGAAACUAUUAACUAUAGGAAACAUUAAGUCAUUCUUUUGCAGGGAAUGAUAUUGUAAUCAAUUGCUAUGUUCUUAAUAUGUUAUAUUUCCCCAGAUUAUUAUAAGCUCCAGCCUUAUUUCAGACAUUGUGAUAUAUUGAGAUACCGCAAUGUUUAGCUGGCGAUAUAUAUUGUGAUACUGAAAACCAGGUAUCGCCCAUGCUGUCAUAAUAUAUGUUCUGUUGAUACUGUUAUGAGAAAAAACCCCUUUUCACUUAUGGGGUACCCAAGAGCCCAUAUAGAGUCCUUUUGUAGGUUCUCUAUUGGUAGGAGAAAAUAACAGAGACCAACCAGAGAAUAUUGAGAAGUGAAGCAGCUAGUAAGUCUGAUCUUUAUUAAAGCUGUUGCAACAGGGUGCUCCCACACACACACAAGGGGGGAAGGGACCCAGAACAAAUGUGUGCCCGCCCUUAUAUAGACUUUGAAAUUGCCCACUCUCAAACUCCAGACCACCCCCAAUACAUCAUACAUACAUCACAGGGGGAGGUCUAAAACAGAAUCCUGUGUUGUUUAUCUCCUGUCUGCCAUUUACCUGAUUGCAUUAUCUGGGUUUUGGCCACUCUGUUAUUAUAACUACUUAAUUCCUGAAUCCAGGUCACAGGCUCACCCUAUUCAAACCUUAAAUGUGCCCUUGGCAGGAUUUGUGAGCACAGAGACAAUGGGGAGAUUUCCCAUUUCCUUCAACCUUGCAGAGAAAUAUUUGAGGUCAUUUUGGGAGAGAAAGUGGUUUCAGGACUUUUCUGUGGGUUUCACACAUGUGGUUUACAUGUGUUUGCUUGGUACAUCAAUGAAUAUUUUGUAUGUAUAAGACCUUAAAAUUCUUAUAACAAUACUAAGUCUUCUCAUGUCACAGUACAGUACAAUGGAACCUUGGUUCUUGAACAGCUUAGUUGAUGAACCAAUCGGCUCCCGAACGUCAAAAACCUAGAAGUAAGUUUUCCGUUUUUCAGAAGCUGAACGUCCAAUGUGGCUUCCACUUGAGCGCAGAAAGCUCCUUCAGCCAAUCAGAAGCUACACCUUGGUUUUCAAGUGGUUUCAGGAGUCCAAAGGAUUAAGUUUGAAAACCAAGGUUCCACUGUACUGUGACAUGAGAAGACUGUAAGUAUCAACAAAACAUAGAUUAUGACCAGUAUUUCAGAUUUCAAGUCUUAAUCUGGAAUUUUCAAGCUCUGUCCAAAGAACCAGUUCUCAGUGGAAAGGAUUUUAACAUGUCAUUGGAUCUGCCCAUUUUUAAAAUAAAGGUCUGUUCCACCAUUGAUCAAUUUUGAUACUGAAAUUGCAUUACUUACUGUGUAACGUUGUUCUAGUUGCAGGACAAAAUCUCUUUUCAUGAGGAAUUUGUUCAUUACCUUAAAUUUGCCCUGAUUGUCUACAAAAGAGAACCUGCAGUAGAACAAGUGAUAAAUUUUGCGGCCAAGUUUAUUGUUUCAUUUCAUGAGCCAGAAAAAGAUGACACUGAAGAAGAGGAGCAAGUGGAAAAUUCUCUUCUGAAUUAUUUGUUCAAGUUUCUGCUUGAGGUACCUUAGCAAUAAUGUAAUGGUGAAAAAAUAACAUUGGAUGCAUAAUGCUCCUCUUUAUAGCAUGAUCUAAUGGACACCGUAUGAAUCUGCAUAUAAAUGGGGUGUAUAUUCCUAUGCUAUUUUCUUAAUGGUGAUGUAAAAUCAGUCUUGUUAUAUUGGGUAGAAAUCACAUUGAAUGCAAGGGCUGUGUUAUCUUUCCUGCUCUUAAAGACAUAAAGCAGGCAUACUCGGCCCUCCAGAUGUUUUGGGACUACAGCUCCCAUCAUCCCUAGUUAACAGGAUCAGUGGUCAGGGAUGACGGGAGUUGUAGUCUCAAAACAUCUGGAGGGCUGCAUUUUCCUAUGCCUGACAUAAAGCAAUGAUAAGUGGGCUUAGCUUUUGUCUGAACAAUCUGUGCUGCUGACCAACAUUCACCUAAGGCCAGAAUUUCUGAAGUGCAAUUAUAGGGGUCUUGGAUGCAGUUGCUGAGGCUCCAGUUUGCUCAAUUGAUUUCUAUGGGAUAUGGCUGUGUUUUGGUUAUAAUUACAGUCUGCAUUUAUGUUCUAGAGUCUUGCAUUCAGCCACAGCUGAAGACCAGCUUCAUAAUUGCUGUCUUAAGCACCAAGUUUAUUUUGCACAGCCAUUCAGGUUUAAACCUGGUGUCAUUCAUUCAUGGGUUAAAGAUCCUUUAAAUGGAAAAAUAAAUAAUUUAAGAUUAAGACUGACUGCCAGGAUUGUAAGAAUAAAUGAAGGGGGUGUUAUACCAAAGAAUACAUUUGGUACUUAAAUAUUGUGUGAAUUUAUGAGAUUUUUAUAUGUAAAUACAGUGGUGCCUCGCAAGACGAAAUUAAUCCGUUCCGCGAGAGUCUUCGUCUAGCGGUUUUUUCGUCUUGCGAAGCAACCCUAUUAGCGGCUUAACGGAUUAGCGCUAUUAGCGGUUUAGCGGCUAUUAAAGUCUUAGCGGAUUAGCUGCUAAAAGGCUAUUAAAGGCUAUUAAAGGCUUAGCGGAUUAGAUAAAGGGGGGGAAAAGCAAAAAAAAAAUCUCAAGACUCGCAAGACAUUUUCGUCUUGCAAAGCAAGCCCAUAGGGAAAUUCGUCCUGCGAAGCAACUCAAAAACAGAAAACCCUUUCGUCUAGCGGGUUUUCCGUCUUGCGAGGCAUUCGUCUUGCGGGGCACCACUGUACUUGAAACUAUUCAUAUUUUUUAUACAUAAGAACAAUAAUGCAGGAAUACUAAAAAUCAACUCCUUGCUUCUUUUUAAGUCUCACCAAGCAAACAGCAGUGCAGUACGAUUUCGGGUGUGCCAAAUUAUUAAUAAGCUUCUGAUAAGCCUGCCGGAGAAUGCUCAGAUUGAAGAUGAGCUAUUUGAUCAAAUUACCAAUGCCAUGUUGCUCAGAGUGAAAGAUAAAGUUCCAAAUGUGAGAAUUCAAGCUGUGCUGGCAUUGUCUAGACUUCAAGAUCCAAAGGACAGUGAUUGUCCUGUGGUUAAUGGUACGUUGUUACUGUAUCAAUGACAUUUAUUUUAAUUUAAAGAUGUAUUUUUAUCUUUUCAGUUCUUAAAAACUGGCUAUAAUAGUUAAGACAUUAACAUUAGUAUUGAAUUCUGCCUGGGAGACUUGAAUGUAAUUAUUCAAGCAACUGUGAAGUAGUUGAUACUUUAUAAUAUUGGAAAAUAGAUAUGUAUGAAUAUAGGACAUAGGGUACAAGAACAGUUUAUGGUAAUGGCCUAGUUGGGGAAAAGAAAAAGUUAGAAAACUGGCCUGGUUUGGAAGUACCGUACUUUUCCUGGCUUGUUAUGGUAUAGUCUUGCUUGCCUUCCCCCUUCAUGAAACUGAAAUCUACUGAAUAAACAUUUGUUUCGAAAUCUAAUUUUAAAAAUCUGUUUUCCUUUAUUUUUAAAAAAGUUUUGAACAAUACAUUUUUUGGGAAAUAACCUGGUUUAAAAUGAUAUCUGAACAUAAUGCAAACAAUCUCUUAAAACUGAAUUUAUGACCCUCUUAUAAAAGGUUGCUUUAUUUGCAGUGAUAACAAUAGGGGGGGGGCGUUUCAUCAGUCAUCAAAUAGUUCAGUUGUUUGUGUCAGUUUAUUAUGACUUGUUACUGGGUUCCAGGGACUGGAAAGUUAACAUGGGUGUCAUCCACAAAACGGUGACCUUGUACUCUUGUGCUAUGCCUAAAUCAUUUGAUAUCUGCGGUCAAUUCUUGAGUCGAUACUCUAAUCAAUGGUUUAUAUCCAAUGCUGUGGCAAUGGGGUUCUCCUGGUAUAGCAGGAUUUCUGUUUACUUCCUGUCCCUCUACAUGCCCACAAAUCCUCCAGAAUGGAUUUCGAAGAAGCAUGGGGAACUGGAGGGGAAGAGGAAGAGGGCAUCAAGCCAAGACAGCUCUUCCUACUGUGGUUAGGUCACAGGCUACUACUUUCUGUAUCAUGUUUGCCUUGGUUUGUGUCAAGUUUGCUACACUAGUGUAACUUAAUGUUUCCUGUAGCAAAUAUGUGAAGUGUGACUGACAUGUGCUCUGCCUUUUAAGAAUCAGGGGCAUGUGCUAGGAAGCCCUUCGCUUGUUGUCAAUUCCAGCCUAUUUCCCUGGGUAUUUACAUCUGGUGUGGAAAAACAUUGUCAUAUAUUGGCCCAUCAACUAAACGUCUGGCAAAAAUGUAGAAGUUGUGCAUCUAACAUGAGCAUCAUAAAAUCUUAAUGCAAAGGGUAUUGGCCACUUGUUAUUCAUGUACAUUUUCUUUAUGUACAUUUUCCGGUCAUUAACAUACUCUGUGUAAUACUGUUUUUUGUUUAGUUUACAGUAAUUUAAUUGAGAACGACUCCAAUCCGGAAGUCAGGCGCACUGUGCUGUCAUGUAUUGGUCCAUCAGCUGAAACCCUGCCAAAAAUUAUAGGUCGUACUAUGGAUGUAAAAGAGACGGUUAGGAAAUUGGCAUACCAGGUAAGUCAAUAUCUUACUACAAUUACUUACAUUGCUUCUUAGUAAUAUAUGAUGUAAACAUUUGGAGAAAUCAACUUUAUUCUCUCUGGGGAGCAAAAUUAUGUUAGGGGUACAGGUGUAAAUUUAUGUAUAGGUGUAUUUGCAGUGUUUUUUAAACUCGUUAUAAAUAUUGCUGGUUCUGAUCAUUGUGCCAAGGAAGUCAGUUCAAACUGCAUCAUAGCAGUUUUUCCAAUUAAUCUACUGUAUUCUGGCUGCCAUGUGUUUUUCAUCAAGAUGGUCCAGAAGCAAUGAAUGUACAUGGCAAUUAAUAAUGAGUAUUAUUAUUAUUAUUAUUAUUAUUAUUAUUAUUAUUAUUGGAAUGCUCUAAAUCUGUCCUAGCCUGUUCAAAACAUGAGCAGAAUUGAACUGCAGAGGACAAUUGGGAUAUGCCAGGCACAGUUUUUGGUCCAUUUUAAUACAGCUUUUUAUUGAGAAUUAUAUGGUUGAAUUUUGUUUCAAGCUCUGGUUCAGUGUUUCAGUGUUUAGUGUAACUAAUGUAAAUGUUAGUAAAGUGCAUUAUAUUAACUGUUAAAUAUUGUGGCUCAGCUCUUACAGCAUUCAGCUUGCCAUAAGAAGUAAUGAGCUGCACAGUUGCAUCAAAUAUUGGGUGCAGCCACUUCAGAGGUCUGGAGGAGCAUGAUGCAGAUGUGCAUUUGUAUCCAUAUUAACCACUGAAGUAUGCUUUUUAUACAUGGGUAUUCACUGCUGGACUGGGAUUUUUGUCAAUAAAACAUAUCACCUGCUCUUGUGGCCAUAACAGGUUCUAUGUCAGUGCAGUGAAUGUCUCUUUGAAAGUCUUAAGAGUUUAGUUCUGGGACAAAAGCAUAGUGACUAUUUGGAAGUUUUCAUGGGUUUCCUUUUAGAAGGAAAACAAUAUAUAAACAAAACAAAUACAGUGGCUCUUAAUUUUCAGCCUGCUUACUUGCGAAUCAAUCCAUUACAUUUUAUGAUGGAAUUAAAAUGCCAAAUUAUAUCUCUCAUUCCACCUGCCCUAGUUCAUGUAUUCUGAGCUUUUAAAGUGUGUUUUAGACACAGAAUUUGAGAUUAACUCACAAAACUCAAGUUUCCCUUCUUGCUGUUUUAUUACUUAUUAUGGCAAAAUUCCCAGUAUGUAUCUGUUGUGAUAGGCACAUAAAGUUGCUUGCACCAAUUUGUCAAAAAUCAUUAUUAGUAAAGCCCUAAAAUCUGUGUCCUCUUUAAAAGGUUUUGGCAGAAAAAGUUCAUAUGAAAGCUUUGACAAUAGCCCAACGAGUAAAGCUUGUUCAGCAAGGGCUUAAUGAUAGAUCAGGUAAGACAUUUUUUUAUUUAUUUUAUAGUUGCCUAUAUUGUGUACUUGUUCAGUGUGCCAAUUCCUUAUUUUUUCAUUGCUAGCGAAAUGCCUGAGAGCCAUCUUGCUAACAAUGGUAAACAAAAGCUGCAGUCCUAGGCAUUCUUGGGAGUAAGUCCCAUUGCAAACUAGUGGGACAUACUUUUGAAUAAACAAGUUAAGGCUUAUAUUGUAACAGUGGGCAAUCUGGUUCUUCUGCUCCUCAUGUGUGACAACAUAUGUAGUUCUCAUGUUGGUGACAGGCUCCAUCUCUUCUGCCAGGCUUUAACAGACAUACCUCUGCUUCCCACAUUAGCUGAAAAGCCCUCUAAAAAGGUGAAGGAGGAGUUAGGCAGUAACAAUGGAUAGCCUUAUGCAAGUAUAUGCAUGUUGCUCUGUUGGAGAAAUCUGUCUGACAGCUAGGAUCUACAAACAAGCUUCACAGUGACGUGAAGAGACAGUAUAAAUAUAAUAGAAGAAUAUACUAAAAUACAUUGCAUCUGAAGUAUUCUUUCUGGGAAGCCCUCAUUGUUUAUAGUAGCACAGCUUUCAUAAGGAAAUCCUGAUUUAGUGAGUCAACAUAGACACACUAAUGCAAAGUGCCUUCAUUCCUCUCUUCCUGCAAGUAGGAAAAGUUGGGGUCUGAAUCCUGGCUUGUUUGGAAGCCAUUUACCAUAACUCAGUUUGCAUGUAACAGGAAGCUGUUGUUAACUGUAGCUUCCCAGCUUGAAUCUUGACUCAAGUGAAGGGAGAAGCGAAACAGAAAUGAAGGUGUGUACAAAAUCUUGGCUUAUCAAGUCAGGAGUUGAUAAUGUGAACACUGCCAUAUAUAAGUAGCUUAUAUACUGUUGAAUGUGAUAUGGCAGAGACAGUCAGCUUAAUCACUAAAUGUGUGUGUGUGUGUGUGUGUGUGUAUCAUAGUCAUUAUUCUGUAAAGGGUUUUUUACAAAAUAUUUAUUCAGAGAAAUUAUAUCUCAAUUUAAAUUUCCCUGCUUAAUAGAAUCUGUAAAAGAAGUGGUGCAGAAGAAACUUCUUCAGACCUGGCUACGGCUGGUUGAGGGAAAUGUGCUAGAACUCCUUCAUCGGCUGGAUGUGGAAAGUUGUCCCGAAGUUGGUAUUCCAGCACUUAAUGCCAUGUUUUCGCUGUCACCAGUCAAUGACUUGAUUAAAAACUUCUCAGACCUUGAUGAAAGGUAUGUACGUAUGUGUUUGUUUGUUUUUUAAAAAAACUUUAUACUUGAGAGUUGAACUUGGGAAAGUAAGUUAAAGGUUUCUGCCUCAUUACUUGCCUAAACUUUAUUCCAAGGACUAGUGAAAUAGCCAUGUUGGUUUCUGAACAUUUCUAUGACAUAUUACUUUCUGAAAAUAGUAAAUUGAACUCAUAUUUGCUAAAAUACCUAUAAAUAGCUAAAUAUCUGUAAGUAGCAGCCAGAACUUCCCGUUUUUAGGCAAAUCAAAAAAGCAGCUACUAAAAGGCAUCCUAUUAACUAGUGAGGAAUACUUUUUGGAAAAGCCAUCAAUGUAUUAGUGGGCAAAGUAGCACCACUAAAGAGGAUGUUUGUAGUGUGCAUGCUGAGUGUUUGCAGACAGUUUUCCUGCUCCCUCCAACAACCCCUAAAGGUUUAGUCAGAAUUGGUUGUACGUAUGAGAAGAGAAAUGUCCAUUAAAAUAACAGAUGAGAGGUGGUAGGGUAUAUGCACUCUACCCCCACCCCCCGGCAGUAAUACUUCGGAAGAUAUUACCCCUCCCUCAACCUGGGCGCAGAUGGCAGCCCAUUUAUUUUGUUCAGUAGAAUGCAAUGCAAUUCCAAGAAACUGGGGUUAGUCUCUUAAUAAUGCUAAAGAGUGACACUAGGAACCAACUUUCAUAUACAGAUAUUGCAUUAAUUUAGGAUAAAGAUAGUGCUCUGCUUACUAGUAUUCGCCUAGCAACUAACUAUGGAAUAACAUUUUGCAUGGAACAUAAUUACAUUUUGCUUCAGUGAGGCAUUCCUGCUGGUUACCAUGAGAUAAUGAUCCUUAAGUCAUUUUUUAAAUCAAUGAAAUUGUCUACAACAUAAUUCUUGUAACAGCUGCUCUGUCUUUUCAGCUUUUAAUGUGUGCGGCUUAAAAUGUGAAUGCCAGCCUGUAUAUUUGUCAAAUACUGUGAUUGCCUUCUUAAUUGACAAAGCAACCCCCCCCCCGUUGAAAAUGUAACGUGUAUAUAUUUGUUUUCAAGGAAAGUAAUUCCAAUAGAAAAACUAACCGCUGAGAAUGCUUUGUAUUGGAAGACCCUUUGUGAGUACUUGAAAUCUGAAGGGGAAGAAUUCUUAGAGAACAUUCUGCCAGAACCUGCCAUAUAUGCAGAUUAUUUGCAGAGGUAAAGUAAACAAGAAAGUUAAAGCAUUAGUCAGUGCUUUUUUCCAGAAAAAGAGGUGCCUGUACUCACCAUGAAGUUGUUACAGUAAGUGGUACACAUUUUAACAACAAAAAGAGGGGCCGGUAGUUGCGUACCCUUAAGUGCCCCCUGAAAAAAAAUCACUGGCAUUAGUUUAAUUUAUACUGCUUUUGGUCCUCACAGUUAUUCUUCUCUUCAUCUCCAGUUACUGGAUUUGGACUUACUUCUGUGUUGUUCACAAAACAAUAAUUAAACUGGUUUGCUGGAACAUAAAGAUUACUGUUACUAAUUUAUGUUCCCGACUCCUUGUAGAGUGUGCAGAAGUAGCUAUGUAGGCUAAAAUAGGUCUGUGUGAAAAAGAAUCUUUUAGCACUGGAAAGUAGGACAUGCUCUUGGGAGGCUCAACUAGACACCUUCUAACCGCCAGUUUUUCUUCAUGUAAGGCCCAGCAAAGGAAUAAAAUAAAAGCUGCGAUAAAUGCAUAGUAUUGUGAAGAUUGACGAGGCAGCAUUGUUGUCUGUGGGUAGACUCAGUCAAAUUAUAUUUGUAAGCCCUUUAACUGGUACAGUAACCUGAAAUUCAAAUAAAUAUCAAGAUGUUGCUUGCAUCAUACUGAAUAACUAUUUUUAAAAAUUAAGUUACCUUCAGAAUAUGCCAGUUCUCAGUCAAGAAGAGAAAGAAGAUAUGGCUUGUGUUGAGCAACUGAUGACGAAAGAGUUUAUAGGUCAGCAGCUGAUCCUUAUGAUAGGCUGCAUGGAUACCGCCGAAGAAGGAGGAAGGUAAGACUUAGUUUAGCAACAAAGAGAUUUUUGAUGUAUAUGUUAUUCUGUUGACUUCGAAUUGACUCGGAAAUGUUUCAGUAGCUCAGUCCAUUUUAUUCAGCAUUCUAGUCACUUGGUUUCAUGUCAAAGUUCCAACGUUAGUAUUCAUCAGUACAGCACCAAAUGACUUGGUUUAAUGGUCAAAUUCACGUAAAUAGCUUGUUUUGAACAUUUUUCUUUCUCUUUCCAUCCUCCAGCACACUGAAACCAGAAUAUGUUUCUUGUCCUGUGACUGCAAUGAAACUGUAGUGCUUUAUACAGGCUUGGAUAGGAUGGCACUUACUACUUUGCUGUCCAACCAGGUUUUCCCCAUAGAUCCUGUCAGGUUCCUCUGUAGUUCCAGGAUGAAGAAUUUGCUAUGUUCCAAGACAAUAAUGCCUACUCACAACACAAAGAGCUCAUAACCCACCUACUCUCAGCAGCCAGAAACACCAUAGCCAGACACUGGAGGGACCUGCUAGGAGUAAACAUAGACCAAUGGUAUCAAAUAGUACGGGAAACUGCCUUACAGUGGUACCUCGGGAUGCGAACAGGAUCCGUUCCGGAGCCCCGUUCGCAUCCAGAAGCAAACGUAACUAGCGACGUCACGUCUGUGCACACGCGUGUCGCUUUUCGCCGCUUCUGCGCAUGCGCGUGACGUCAUUUUGAGUGUCUGCGCAUGCAUGAGUGGCGAAACCUGGAAGUAACGUGCUCUGUUACUUCCGGGUUGCCACGGAGCACACCUCAAACGCGCUCAACAUGAAGCAUAUUCAACCCGAGAUAUGACUGUACAGUGGUACCCCGCAAGACGAACGCCUCGCAAGACGGAAAACCCGCUAGACGAAAGGGUUUUCCGUUUUGGAGGCGCUCACAAAGCGAAUUUCCUAUGGGCUUGCUUCGCAAGACGACAGCCCAUAGGAAAUCUCAGGGACAGCGGGAAGCGCAGCGCGUCUUCCCCACUGUCCUCGGACCUCCUCCGAAGCCUGGCGGCGGGGCGGGGACACCUCCUCCCGCCGCCGCCGGGCUUCGGAAGGCUCCUCCGAGCCGGGCGGGGGAGGGAACACCUGCCGCCGCCGCCCGGCUCGGGACGGUGCUCCGAGCCGGGCGGGGGAGGGAACACCUCCGCCGCCGCCCGGCUCGGGACGGUGCUCCGAGCCGGGCGGGGAGGGAAGACCUCCCGCCGCCGCCCGGCCCGGAACGGUGCUCCGAGCUGGGCGGGGGGAGGGAAGACCUUCUGAAGGCGGGCGGGGGCGAAAGUCUUUGCUCCCCCUGCCUGCCUGUCCCGGAGGGCUUUUGAAGGCGGGGAGCAAGACUUCGCCCCCGCCCGCCUUCAGAAGAGGUCCAGGACCUCUUCUGAAGGCUGGCGGGGGCAAAGUCUUUGUCCCCCUGCCUGCCUUCCCAGGGGCUUUAAAUUGCCCCGGACAGCGGAGAAGUCCUCCGCUGUCCCGGGUGAUUUUAAAUGCCGCCCGCCAGCAUUUUAAGAUCGCCCGGACAGCGGAGAAGUCCUCCGCUGUCCCGGGUUUUAAAAUGCUGGGGGUGGGAAGAAAGCCCUUGCCCCCCCCCCAGCCUUCAGAAGAGGUCCGGGGACAGACUGUCCCCGGACCUGGUCUGAAGGCGGUUUCCCUAGGAACGCAUUAAUUGAUUUUCAAUGCAUUCCUAUGGGAAACCGUGCAUCGCAAGACGAAAAACUCGCAAGACGAAGAGACUUGCGGAACGAAUUAAUUUCGUCUUGCGAGGCACCACUGUAUUAGAAAAACUAACCAACAAACUGAAACUAACACGGGGACAGAUAGAAGAAGACGCCUUCACCCCAGUUCGGUUCCCCUUUAUCACAUACACAGCCCAACAAGACAACAAGAAGAACCCACCAACAGCAUUCAAAUCAAUAUGGCUAACCUGAUCCAACCACACACACGCACCACACUCACACAUGAAAACAAAGUUCACCACAGCCAAUCACAACCAACCAACCAAACCCUAGGCCAGGGGUUGACAUUUUUUUUUCAGCAGGGGGCCAGUCCACUGUUCCUGAGAUCUUGUGGGGGGCCAGACUAUAUUUUUUUGGGGGGGGGGGAAAUGAAUGAGGGACGAUGAACGGUGUGUGAAAGGGCUCCGGAGAGGGCCUGCUUUAAAUGGUGGCCGCUAGAGAUGGGCACUGAGCCAAUCGCGGAUCCUGUGUCUUGCGAGCGGCAGGGGCUGGUGGUGGCGGGGGGACGAUGAGUGGCAUGCGAAAGGGCUCCGGAGAGGGGCUAGCAGCAACAAAGCCCAGCCCCCUUACUCCUCUAGGCAGGGCAGGGAGAAGCCAGGAGGAGGCACCACCGCAGUGUGUGUGUGUGUGUGUGUGUCUGUGGAAGAGGGGUGGAAAUGGUGCAGCCUGAACAAUCGCAAUCAGAUCUACGCGGCGAUUCCCGGACCGUCCGCGGGCUGGAUCCAGAAGGCAAUUGGGCCGGAUCCAGCCCCCAGACCUUAGUUUGCCAACCCAUGCCCUAGGCCAACCCCAACCUCUCUCACCACCAAAGGAAUACAAGCAAAUAGUAAAGAGAACCCACACAAGUGACGCUGACACAAAACCCCACAUAUACAAUAAGUAGAAUUAAAACAUUGCCACCUCACUCCACCCCACUCACCAUUUCCCCCUCCCCCUCUUUUUCCCUUUUCUUCCUAAUGUAACACUUAACGUCUCAACAGAUGAAACUGAUCUGUAGAAAGUGUACCUUGAAAAAAGAGACUUUUUUCAAGGGACAUUGCACAUACUUUUGUAAACCAAGAAAUCUUUAAUAAAAAUAUAUUUUUAAAAAAUUCUUUUUGCUAUGUUGGUUGGUGUUCUAGAUUUCCAUCUCUGCCAUACUUGACUCUGGUCAUGUUUGAAUGUUUUGUUUCCCAUCAGAAAUGUUAGUAAAAGUUGUGCUUUGCUUUCCACUGUGGAAGAGAUUUUGAAGAGAUUCCAGUUGUAAUAAUCAGGUUCUGCAAGUGUGAUGGCUGGGAAGGGAGGCACUUAAACAUUUACACGUAUUGGAAACACCAACAUAGCUUAUUCAAAGAAACUGCCUCACUUCUGAAGUAGCAGUUAGUUGCUAGUUCUUGGAUUUUAAACGAGAAUAGAUAUUACUCAUUGUUUAGGGAUCAUUUUAUUAUUAUUUCAUCAGUGUUAUUAUUAUUCUUAAGGAAGAGACUGCUGACAGUGUUACAAAAAAUCCUUAUGAUGCCCACUACUUCAGCAUCCCUUGUAUCAUCACUUACAGAGAAUCUACUCCGCAUUCUCAAAGAUGACGACAGAAGAAUCCAGACUGUAAGUUCUAAUUGCUCUUGUCAGUUUAUAUUACAGGAAAAAAGCCAUUAAAAAUGUGUGUGUGUGUGUAUGUGUGAGAGAGAGAGAGAGAGAGAGAAUCACUCCCUGCUACAUCCCAAAAACUUUGAAAAAAUCAGAGAUUUCAGGGAACACUGAAAAAGCCUCAUGAAAAUUUUCUCGUCUAGAAUGAGUGUAAUGCCUUCAAAUAUAUUUUUAUCUCAGACAUUCUGCAAUAUUAGAGAAUAAUUCUGACGCAUGCAACACUCAGAUCCAUUUUUUCAUCCAAUCGCUUCCUAUGAGAUAUCUCAAAGCGAUUUGACAAAAGCAUCUAUAAAACAAUUUUGCAAUGAAAACUAUUUCAAAUCCAGUACAGGUAUAGACUGGAAAAAUACAUUCUAAAGGCUUUUUAUGACCUUUGUUUUAGUUUGGAGAUACUAGAAGUAUCGUGUUUGUGCUUUCUUUCUACUUUCCUCUUGGUCAGCCUUUUCACAGACUGGGAAACAAAUAGCAUCUUGCCCUGCCUUGCUGUAGGAUAAAAAGGUUAAAAGGAGUUGGGACAGAAACUUCAAAAGACCUUUUGUGGCUGCCAAAACUUCAGAGGAAAAAUCUGAAAGGUUUUGUGAGAACUGAGUUUUAAGCAAGAUGCACAGAUGGAAGUCGGCUGCAACUCGUAUUCACAAUUUUGCUUGUACAAAUUGUACAGAUUUAAUAAACAUGCUAAGUAGGCUAUAAAAUUGUACUAAGUUAGGGGUUACCGAACUUUUUGGACCAAUUGCCACAUUUGUAAAUAGAAACUUGUAGAUACACCUUCCCCUGCCACUGCAAUCAAGUAUAUACCACAAUAUUACGGUGCUUUUUUCAAAUCUAUUUCCAAUGGGAUUUGGUGCAGAGUAGAGAAUCCUGUAGGUGUCAGGGAUGGCCUUUCGGUGACCGAUGAACUAAGAUAAAUAAAUUUUGCACUUUAUGUUGUUAAAGCAGAAAGAUAAAUUCUGGUUUGAUAAAAUUUUGGUUUGAUAAGUAUUUCACACAUAUAUAUUUCUUUAAAAAAAAAUCCCCAAAGCUUCAUAAAUUUGGACAUUUCCAACACACCAGAUGAAGUGCUUUUGCACUCAGCACCUCCUUGCCUCCCACAUUCCAUGCCGGAGUGAGAGCCAGGUACCAUGACGAACUGCAAGUGAAGCCCAUUUCCCACCCCCACCCCCCGGGGGAAUUUGCUGACAAUCCCCAGCCAGUGUGGUGUAGUGGUUAAGAGUGGUUGACUCGUAAUCUGGUGAACCAGGUUUGAUUCCCCGCUCUUCCACAUGCAGCUGCUGGGUGACCUUGGGCUAGUCACACUUCUCUGACGUUUCUCAGCCUCACUCACCUCACAGAGUGUUUGUUGUGGGGGAGGAGGGGAAAGGAGAUUGUUAGCCGCUUUGAGACUCCAUAGGGUAGUGAUAAAGCGGGAUAUGAAAUCCAAACUCCUCCUCCUGCUGUCAUGGGGGCUGCCUCUAUUAAGGCAGGUGGGACUGGAAGCCCUCAUUAAGUAUUUUUUUCCACACAUUACAAAGAAACCUAAUAUAAUUGCACUUGAUAGCUCAGUAUAGGAGCAGAUAAUUUUUUGUUUGUUUGUUUGUUUCAAAUGCAGUACUGUAUCCUUGCUUGCAGGAAGAUGGUGUUUUUAUUUAUUAAAGCAAUUUGAUCAGGCACUUGGCCUUUAUGCAGAAAGUAAUACAGCGGUUCAUCCUAAUCAUGAUAUCAAAAAGGCUUCUAUAUCCUUAGUGUUUAUCUAGCGGCAUGUGAACUUUUUGGGGGGUGGUGAUGUUAAGGAUAUAUUUAAGAUGAAAAACGGGCUUUAGGGGAAAAUAAAUGGUCCCUAAAAUCUGACAUGUUUUUGUUUACUUGGUUAUGUGGUGGCAUUACCAUUGCUAGAAAGAAGACAGGUUUGGGAGUGAAGUUAUGCUAAGCAGCAGCAUUUAGGAAUGUUAAGAAUCCUCCAUCCGAAGCUUUACUUCACUGUUAAGUUUGGAGGGUUAGGGGCUUAAUGAAUGGAUGGUCCAGCACUUAAACUAUUUUGCAUCCUUCCAAAAGUAACUGAAAAGGCGGGAUGAUUUUUUUUGGGGGGGGGGAUAGAAAAUACUUGCAAACUUCUUCAAAAUUUGAGCUGAGUACUAACUUUCUUUGCAUCACCAGGUCGCUGAAAUCAUAACGGAGGUUCGUGAUGAAAUUAUUACAGUAGACAAGCCCCCAGAUGCAACUGAAAUAAGAAAGCAACAGCUUAAAGUAAGUGGUGAUUGCAGUACAUUUUUGUUUUAAAGAUUUGUCGUUUAAUGUAACUGUAGCACCGCUUGAAUAUUUUAACAGCCCUCCCCAGCUUUACCAUCGUCUACUAAUACAAACAGAAUUACUAGGAAAGGAGAGGAGUCAAGCCGUCAACAGCUUUGAGCUAUUGCAAGACAGUUGCAAGUUGUUGCAAGACAGUCCAAAUUGCAGUAGAGCUACUAAUGCAGUAUUGUCGGUGCUGUGUGACAUAGAAUCAUAUAAUUGCAGAGUUGGAAGAGACCACGAGGGUCACCUAAUCCUGUCCCUGCAAUGCAGGAAUCUUUUGUCCAAUGUGGGGCUCGAAUUAAUAACCCUGAGGUUAAGUGUCAUGUUCCUGUAGUGAGGAGAACAUCAUUCAUAGACUGAAAGUAAGGCUUAUGCAUUUAUCAGCCAGGAAAGACAAAAAUGAUGCACUGUUAACAUCCAGGCAAGAACUCUCCCACAGUUAUAGCAUAACUCAUUAAGUUCUAAUAUCUUUAAUCAUAAAGACUCACGACUGGAAUGUAGGAAUUGAGGGGUAUAAUCUGUUCCAGAGGAAGGGAGCAGCAUUAUAUGUAAAGGAUGUAUACACUUGUGAAGAAAUCUAUGACCUGGAGCAUGAAAAGCAAAUUGAGAGUAUAUGGGUAAAAAUUGUAGGAGAAACAACAGUGACCUUACUGUGGGUGUCUUCUAUAGACCACCAAGCCAGAUUGAAGACUUGGAUGGUGCUUUACUAGAGCAGAUUACCAAACAUUCAAAGAGAAGAAAUAUAGUAAUCAUGGGAGAUUCCCCGAUAUCUGUUGGGACUAAAACUCUGCUAAGAAUGUAAGGUCUGACAAAUUCCUCCAAUAUCCUGCCAACAAUUUCAUUUCCCAGAAGGUGGAAAAACCAACAAGGGAUCAUCUAUAUUGGACCUGGUCCUCACCAAUAGGGAGGGACUGAUCGACGAAGUGGAAGUACUUGGAAACUUGGGAGGGAAGUGAUCAUGUUCUUCUGGGUUUCAGGAUACAGAGGCAAGGGAAAACUGAGCAUAGUCAGACACACACUCUGGACUUUAAGAAGGCCAAUUUCAACAAGAAAAAUGAAUGCCCUUCUAAAGAUGUUUUUAUUCCAGACAGCACCAAUAGCCAACGAAGCACAAUGCUUUAAAAGGAAUGGCAAAAAGAUAUAACUAGGUUCAUAUGGCAGGCUAAAAAUUCCAGAAUAAAAUAUAAGAUUAUGAUUUAUACUAAAGAAAGAGGUGGUUUCAGACUUAAAAUUAUACUUUGAGGCUUGUGUUGACUAAAGGAAUGGAUAUUACUAAAGAAUACUCAACUACAGUGGUACCUCGAGUUACAAACCCCUCAGGUUACAAACAUUUCAGGUUACAAACUCCGCUAACCUGAAAGAGUUACCUCGAGUUGAGAACUUUGCCCCAGGGUGAGAACGGAAAUCAUGUGCCGGUGGCGCAGCGGCAGCAAGAGGCCCCAUUAGUGAAAGCACGCCCCUAGCUAAGAACAGUUUCAGGUUAAGAACGGACCUCCAGAACGAAUUAAGUUCGUAACGAGAGGUACUACCGUAUUAGAUCUGGAAGGGCACGGCAUCAAAUUCGUUUGGAAUGUGUGCCUGUGGUAUGAUAAAGUUAAAAUACACAAGGGUUUCUCGAACCACGUGAUCAGAAAAGAAUUAUACAGGGGGAAACACAUCAAAAAUUGUUAGAAAGAAAAGCACUGUUGUGGCUGUCACCGGUAGAAGAGUUAACAAGGAGCACUUGCAGAGGGAUAUUAGACUUCUUGGGGGUGGGGUGGGGGGAAACGUAAGAAAAGAAUGGAAGAGAAAAAAACUUGGUGAUGGACUGGUUACAAUACCAUCAGCUAAAUGCAUUAUUUAAGAUGGACAAAAAAAUAAGGACUUGAGGGUCAAAGUUCCCAGUUUGAAAGAGAGCUUUUAGGGGCAAGAGAAGAAACACUAUGUAAGAUGUAUAAUGUGUUGCUAGACUGGGAAACGAAGGAAAUCAUCUAUGAUUAACUGGGCUAGAGAUAUAGGGCACAAUAUUGACAGUAUUAGGGGAAAGACUUCGGAAAACAGAUUUGAAAUUCAUUGCAUGCUACACAUUGAAGGAAAAUUACAUGAAGAUGAUUCCCAGAUGGUAACACCAAGCAGAUUAAAGUUGUUCAAAUCAGAAUGAGGGAGAUGCUGGAAGUGUAAGGAGACAGAAGGCGCAUUCUACCAUACAUGGUGGACAUGUGGUGUAGUUAAGGAAUAUUGGGUAACUUUUUCUACGAAACCCAGAAGCUUUUAUUCUGGGGAUUAAUUACAACCGAAAUCCCUAAAAGUCAGAAUGAGCUCAGGCUUACAAGAGAGGUUAAAAAUAUUUAAAACAACGUUUCUUUGGCUAUGUCUGAAGUAAGAGGAAGAACAAGCAAGUGGUAGGUCCUCUGUGUGGGGAAGAUGGAGAAAUGCUAUUGGGUGAAAAAGAAAAGGCAGAACUGUUCUUAACUACUUUGCCUCCGUCUUUACCCAAAAGGAAAGUGAUGCCCAACCUGCUGAUAACAAAAUAAAUGAUGUAAGGAGGGAGCUGCAGCCAAAGAUAGGGAAAGAGGUACUAGGGGAACACUUGGCUGCUUUAAAUGAAUUCAGAUCUCCAGGGCCUGAUGAGCUGCAUCCAAGGGUACUAAAGAAGCUUGCGGAUGUAAUUUCAGAGCCAUUGUCUAUUAUCUUUGAGAAUUCUUGGAGAACAGUUGAGGUCCUUACAGACUGGAGACAGGCAGAUAUUGUUCCCAUCUUCAAAAAGGGGGAAAUGGAAGAUUCAGGUAACUACUGACCGGUGAGCUUGACAUCAAUACCAGGGAAGGUCCUAGAACAGAUAAUUCAACAAGUUCGUCUAGCAUUUAGAAAAGGAUGCUGCGAUUACUAAGAUCUAGCAUGGGUUUCUCAAAAAUAAGUCAUGCCAGAUCAAUCUGAUUUCUUUUUUUGAUGGAAUUACAAACUUGGUGGAUCAGGGAAAUGUUGUGAACACAGUGUAUCUUGAUUUCAGUAAGGCUUUUGGCAAAAUCCCCCAUGAUAUUCUUGCAAGGAAGCUAGUAAAACGUGGGUUGAACAAGGUAACUGUUAGGUGGAUUUGUAGCUGGUUGACUGACAGAACCUGAAGAGUACUUAUUAAUGGCUUCUCAUCAUCCUGGAAAAAGUAACAAGUGGGAUGUCGCAGGAUUCUGUCCUGGGGCCGUUGUUUAAUGUCUUUAUAAACAACUAUCAUACUUUUAGAAGACAUCUGAAGGCAGCCCUGUUUAGGGACGUUUUUAAUGUUUGAUGUUUUAUCAUAUAUUUAAUAUUCUGUUGGAAGCUGCCCGGAGUGGCUGGGGAAACCCAGCCAGAUGGGCGGGGUAUAAAUAAAUUUGUUGUUAUUGUUGUUAAUGACUUGGAUGAAUGAAUUGAGGGGACGCUCAUCAAAUUUGCAGAUGGCACCAAACUGGGAGGGGUAGCUAAUGACGCAGAAGAUAGAAUUCAAAAUGACCUUAACAGAUUGGAGAACUGGGCACAAGCUAACAAAAUGAAUUUCAAUAGAGACAAAUGUAAGGUUCUGCACUUAGACAGGAAGAACCAGAUGCACAAAUAUAGGAUGGGAGACACUUGGCUUACUAGCAUUACAUGUGAAAAGGAUUUAAGGGACUUGGUAGAUCACAAGCUUAACAUGAGUCAACAGUGUGAUGCAGCAGUAAAAAAAAGUUAAUGCUAUUCUAGGCUGCAUCAACAGAAGUAUAGUGUCCAGACCAAGGGAAGUAAUAGUACCACUCUGUUCUGCCUUAGGGGACAUGGGUGGCGCUGUGGGUUAAACCAAAGAGCCUAGGGCUUGCCGAUCAGAAGGUCAGCGGUUCGAAUCCCCGCGAUGGGGUGAGCUCCCGUUGCUCUGUCCCAGCACCUGCCAACCUAGCAAUUCGAAAAUACGUCAGAGUCCGAGUAGAUAAAUAGGUACCACUGCGGCGGGAAGGUAAACAGCGUUUCCGUGCGCUGCUCUGGUUUGCCAGAAGUGGCUUAGUCAUGCUGGCCACAUGACCUGGAAGCUGUACGCCGGCUCCCUCAGCCAAUAAAGUGAGAUGAGCGCCGCAACCCCAGAGUCAGUCACGACUGGACCUAAUGGUCAGGGGUCCCUUUACCUUUUUAUUCUGCCGUGGUCAGACCUCACCUGGAAUACUGUGUCCAAUUCUGGUCACCAUAAUUUAAGAAGGAUGUUGACAAGCUGGAAUGUGUACAGAGGAGAACAAUCAAGAGGAGAUAUGAUAGCCAUCUUCAAAUAUCUCAAGGGCUGUCACAUGGAAGAGGGAGGAAGCUUGUUUUCUCCUCAGGUGGAUAGGACCUGAACCAAUAGCUUCAAGUUCCAAGAAAGGAGAUUCCCACUAAACAUCAGGGAGAACUUUCUGACAGUAAGAGCUGUUUGACAGUGGAAUGUUCACUCUCCUUCACUAGAGGUUUUUAAGCAGAGAUUGGAUGGCCAUCUGUCUUGGAUGCUUUAGUUGACACUCCUGCAUUGCAGAGGGUUUGCAUUACAGGACUAGUUGACCCUCAGAGUCCUGCUCUGGAGGGUAGGACUCGAGGCUGUGGCUUCAAGUUACAAGAAAGGAGAUUACGACUAAACAUUCAGAAAAACUUUCUGACAGUAAGAGCUGUGUGGCAGUGGAACAGACUCCCAUGAGAGGUGGUGGACUCUCCUUCCUUGGAAGUUUUUAAACAGGUUGGAUGGCAAUCUGUCAUGGAUGGUUUAGCUGAGAUUCCUGCGUUUCAGGGAGUUGGACUAGAUGGCCCUUGAGGGUCCCUUCCAACUCUUAAGAUUCUAUGAUUCUGUAAGGAUAGGUGUACCUGUCGAUUAUUAAGUAAACUUCAGUUCCAAAGUGGUCACAAGUUAGGCAUUAGUCCCUCACGUUAGAUGUGGCAAGUUGAAGGCGAGGCUGUAAAAGCAAUUUUAGAAAUAAUAAAAACUGCUUUCGUAUUAUAAUUUCUGGUUUUCCUUCCAGCUGGCUGAAAUUAAAGUGAAACUUAUGGAAGCAAAAGAUGCAUUGGAGAAAAGUGUGGCUUUGCAGGAUUUCAGCCAGGCAUCCCUGUUGAAAGAGAGAAUAAUGGAACUGGAAAGCAUUAAAAGUGACCUGUUAAAAGAGGCCGAGGAGCCUCCAGCCAAAGAAAUAUGCAUGGAAAAGGUGCUGACCUUUACACCAGCUACUCGGGUUCAGUUACAUCGUUUUUAAAUAAGCAUGAAUGUAUUUGUGUGGUUUUUUAAAUUGGUACGAAGUAAACCUUAAAGAAGUAUACUUCUCAUGUUGAUGUGUUGUAAUGCUGACAUCAAAUAACAGUUUCUGUGUGAUUAUUUAGGCUUUGUACACAGUGUCUAUUUCUCAAUUAUGAAGGACUAGAGAAACCUUCUUGGACCAACCCUAGUAUCUUAAAGGGAUGGAAUUGGAGAUACAGUUUGUGGGAUGUGAAGGUGGCAUUCUACAGUGUGUUCAAAUAAUUAUUAUUUUCUCCCCCCCUUUUUUUAAAAAAAAGAGUGAUCCUGAAACAUUACUGAAAUGUCUGAUGAUGUGCAACGAACUUCUCAAGCAGCUGUCCCUUACGAAAGGAUUGGGCCCAACAAUGGAUGCAAUAAUUGAAUCUUUGGUAGGUGACAACAAAAGAAGACAUACCUGGGAGUUGAGAAUAUGUAUUCUGAGCUGCUUGAAUAUUAAUAUUCCAUUUCUGAACUUUGUAAAUGCAUAUUUGGACAACCAAGGACAGAAAUCAGAGGGGUUAGGCUGGGCCUCAGAGACUCUCGCCUCAUCUCUUUGCAGAACAAUAGAAUCUGGAGGAUCAAACCAUCUACUCCAGACCUGACAUAGAUCGCUAAGCAUCAUUUUUGUGCAAUUUUUUAAAAUUAAUUUCCCAAUAGUUCCCCAAUAAUAGUCCAAUCAUAACAAUAUCAGUUAAUACAGUUGUUCAAAUACCAAUUAAUUCCCAGUUAAUACAUUUUGGUUAAAGUGGUUCCCUGCGUAGUGGAUUUAAUGCAUUCCUGAUAAUAUAUUUUUGCAUUCCAUAAUCUUAUUUAUUUCACUUACAUUACAGUUAAAAUAGUACUGUAAUACUUUAUACUACAACUGCAUUCUUAAUGAUUUCUAAUUGUAUUAUUAUAUUACUUAACUUUAUAAAACUUCAAGUGAGGAGCUAUAAUUGUUAUCAUUGUUCUGUCCUGCGUGUGAAAACUGUUAUGUCCGUGGAGAUUCCUUCUGAUCAUAUAUGGCAGGGGUCAGCAACCUUUUUCAGCCGUGGGCUGGUCCACCAUCCCUCAGACCAUGUGGUGGGGGGGGGGCAGACUAUAUUUUGGGGAAAAAAAUAAUGAAUGAAUUCCUAUGCCCCACAAAUAACCCAGAGAGGCAUUUUAAAUAAAAGGACACAUUCUACUCAUGUGAAAACACGCUGAUUCCGCAGGCCGGAUUGAGAAGGUGAUUGGGCCGCAUCUGGCCCCUGGGCCUUAGGUUGCCUACCCCUGAUAUAUGGUGUAUCUUCCACUUUUUCGACUGUUCCUUUUUCUCCCACAGCCCGCAGUUUCUUUUCAUCCUUACAGCUGAGAUUUAUGGCCAAUUAUCCUUCAACUUAGAUUGCAUUCCAAAUCAUCUCAAGUGAGUGAUAUGGGAGGUUGGAUUUGCUUUGGUACACACAGCCGAUCUCCAUCCUUAAGGCGCUUGUUGGUCAGUUCUGCUUAGCCUGGAAUGCCUGAUAGCCUAUCUUCCUUGACUCUACCAACCACUGAAAAGACAGAGCAGUGAAAAUUUCAGGGAGGAAGAAAAGUGAUUCCAUUUCUAAUGUAAAACUUAUGAAGAAUUAGUUCUGUUCUUUAUUCUGCGCUUUCAAAUAAAUGCAAAAAUUACUAUUCCGGGGUGGGAGUGAGGUGUUAACUAGACAGAUUGCCUGUUUGAAUAUUCCUAUGAUAAGUUCUGAAAGGGUGGAAGUCAGGUGUAGAUGAGAAUCACCUUUCAUUUUCCUGUUUAGUUGUCUGAAGGAGAUUCUUACUCGCCCCAGAUAAGCAAUUUAAUGACUGUUUGGAAGAUUAUGUCAAGCUUUACAUGAAAUGUGCAUUACUGUUUGUUUAGAUCAUCCCAGGAGUUACUAAUAUCCAUCCAGCUGUAAGAAAUUUGGCAGUUUUAUGUUUGGGUGGCUGUGGUUUGCAGAGCGAAGAAUUUGCCAGCCAGCACCUUGCAUUGCUGUUGCAGGUAAAUAUUCUACAUUGUGACCUUUCUAAAUCAUCUCAUUUAAAUUAAGAAACUUUAUCGCUUUGAAAAGUAGUGGGGUGCAAAGGCUCGUUUAACUUGCAUAUCUUUCCAUGGAAAGGUGCAAUGGGAAGCGAUUUGCUAAUUGAUGAACCUGGCAUAUCAACAGUUGACCCCCAUAUUAGUAAACUUGGACUUUCUUUUUUGGCUCAGUACAAGAAUGCAUGGCCUCUUACUGUGUCAUGAUGAGGCAAGUUCUCUUGCAUAUUGAAAUCUUUCAUUCCAAUUGGAUGAUUAAGAGGUGAUUGGUUGUUACCCUAGUGAGAAAGAGAGCUGCAGAGCUGUAGUUUCCCACAUAUAAGUGGAGUUAAGAAUUGGAUCUCCAACCUUGGCACCACUUCAUGUAGAAGGAAGCAAAAACAAAUUAGAGAUGAGCUUUCGGUGUCUCCAAAUUUGGGAGUUGUGUACAGCUAUUAACCAAAUGAAAAACAACAAAGCCCCAGUCGUUCAUUAUUACCUAAGAAUGUGCAGCUUUUCUUAUUGUUUUUUAAUCUUUUUAUAACUUGGGGUUAUUAGCAUUUUCAGGAUGCGGGUGGCACUGUGGGUUAAAUCACAGAGCCUAGGACUUGCCGAUCAGAAGGUUGGCGGUUCAAAUCCCCACAACGGGGUGAGCUCCUGUUGCUCGGUCCCUGCUCCUGCCAACCUAGCAGUUUGAAAGCACGUCAAAGUAGAUAAAUAGGUACCGCUCCGGCGGGAAGAUAAACGGCAUUUCCGUGCGCUGCUCUGGUUCGCCAGAAGCGGCUUAGUCAUGCUGGCCACAUGACCCGGAAGCUGUACGCCGGCUCUUUCAGCCAAUAAAGCGAGAUGAGCACCGCAACCCCAGAGUCGGUCACAACUGGACCUAAUGGUCAGGGGCCCCUUUACCUUUAUUAGCAUUUUCAGGGAGGAGGGAUUAAGAGACAAUAGUGUGCAAAACUGACACUGAAGGCAAGGGGAUUAAAUUGGUCACAUUUAUGAAUUCAGAUAUCCUGUUCAUCUUUCUAAUGCCAGGUCUUGCAAAUUGAUGAAAUAAAGGUAAAACUAAGUGCUUUAAAGGCUGUCUUUGACCAACUGAUGAUGUUCGGGAUGGAACCUUUCAAAGCAAAAAAGGGAAAAUGUGCCCAAAGUGAAAAUGAAGAGAAUGGAAAUGAAGAGAAUGAAAAUGAGGUGACUAAGGAAACUGAAGAAGAAACUGCAACUACCCACAAUCUCCUUCAGCUUCUUUCUGGGUUCUUAGACAGUGAGGUAAGGUCAUGAAAUCAGCUAAUAUUAAUACAUGGGGUUUUAUUGUGUAUUUUUUUAACAAAAGGAUAGAAGUAUGUUGGUUAUUAAAUAUGAAAGCAACAACUGGUAUGUUUAUAUUCUUGCAGCUUAUUAUUUCAACAGAGCUAAGUAUGUAAAACUGACUUACAAAAGACAUUUUUGCUGCUGCUACAUGUUUGUUUACAUAGAUUCACUACUUUUCCUUAUUUCUUGGGCUCAGGACAGGCAGCAGUAGGAGCUCACAGUCCUAGAUAACAUUAGUACGUUAAAGAGUUUUGCUUCCAAGAUAAAAGGUGGAAAGACCUCAUAGUUUGGAAUUAGCAUUAGGGGAAAAAAUUGAUUUAUAUAUUUUCUCUGUGAACUAAUUUAGGUCAGUGGAGAUGACGAAAGUUAGAAUAAAUGAUAAUGGACCUUCUCUGGGGAAGAUAAUGUAGUUUGCAGUGGGGCAGCCCUUUCCGAGGUAGUGAGAAAGAACAAUUGGUUCUUGUCUGACAGGUGUUGUCUUGGAGGUGUUGAACACAUGGUAUGGUGCGUUAUGCUGCCAUCUUGUGGCUGAAGGCAGGAGAUUCAGACUGGUCUUUGUCCAUUGGCCAUGCCUCCAUCACCUCAGUCAUUUGAAUGGAUCAGACUAAACUCAUGUAAGGAAAUUAGUGCCUGAAAAGCAGUAAAACAAUCAACCAAACUACAGAAACUUAGUAAAAAGGGCAUUGCAGCAAACACAUAGGUCCACCCAGUUGGCUGCCUUUCUAUUUUUUCUCCUAUCUAUGCUGUCUCUUCAACACGUCUGAGGAAUACCUGUCCAAUGGACAAAUACCGGUCUGCUUUCCCCAUCUUUAGCCACAGGAGGGCAGCAUAACCCACCAUGUUGGGUGUUCACCAUCUCUGGAGAGAGAAAAAACAUUACAAAGGGUCACCCAGUGCAAUUGCCUCCAUCCCCUUUAAACUCUGUUUUAGAGGCUGUGUAAUACGUGUGAGAGGUUUUACUUUUGCAGAUGUGCUAGGGUGUCACAAUUUAUGGUUUCUUCUUUACACUGUUGCUUUUUAUAGAGCUGAUAUAUCUACUGUAUGAGUGAUCCCAGACCACAGAUGAUUGAGGGCUGUCAAGUGUUGUUGUAUUAAUCUUACUGAACGAAACCCAAAUAGCUUGCUCUUUUUCCUUUCUAGGCUAAAUGAACAAAUGCAACCCUAAGUAAAACCUUUUUCUAGAUUUCAGAACUCAGGACCGUAUCUGCUGAGGGCCUAGCCAAACUCAUGUUCUCUGGGCGACUGAUUAGUGCUAAGCUGCUUUCUCGACUUGUUUUGUUGUGGUAUAAUCCGGUGACUGAAGAAGAUACCUGUCUCCGACAUUCCCUAGGUGUUUUCUUCCCUUUAUUUGCUUACUCAAAUAGGUACGACUCUUACCACUCCACUUUCCCCCUCCUUUUUCUACAUUUUAACCAGUUUGAAUUUAACAUAAUUGGACAACAGGAGGAAAAAAGUUUGUUUUCAUGCUUUUAUGAGAAAAGUUGCCUGACAGUGUAGUGCACUCCUAUACAUGCCUAUUCCAAAGUUAGAUCCACUGAGUUCAGUGGGAUUUAUUCCCAGGUAAGUGUGCAUAGGAUUGCAGUCUCAUCUCAUUCUUUCUAACCUUGUCCUCCAGAUGCCUAGCUACCGUGAGUAGCUUAUCUUGGUUUAGUGUGCUGGGCAAGGCCACUUUACAUUUCUGUACCUCCCUAUGGUUAUCUAUCCAAUUUGCUUGGGCAGAGCCCAAUAUUUCAUUUGUUCCUCACUUGAGUUUGGAAGAACUUCCUAUAGUUUUGCUUUAUUUCAAGUUUCUAGAAGUAGAAUUUUGAUAUCAAAGAGCCCGGUUUUACAAGACUAUAAAGGUAUAUUCCCCCCUGUAUUGGGGAUGUGCAUGGGAAGCAUAGAUGACUUGGUCCUCCAUUAAUGCAUAGAAAUUACAAGACAAACAAGUUCCCUUGAAUGUGUAUUACAAGAUCUGGACAUACUUUCUGGAAUGCUUCUUGUAAUGCAUUAUAUUAACAUCUACUCCAUUUUAAAAAUCCAGGACAAAUCAGGAAUGCUUCGGAGAAGCUUUUCUUCCAACUUUAAAAAUAUUGUUUAAUGCUCCUGCAUCUUCACCAUUGUCUGAAGUUGACGCAGCAAAUGUUUCUGAGUUGUUUGUGGACCUGACAAGACCAAGUGGGCUGGAUCACAGCGCUAAGAAUUCACGGAACUACCAGGUAUGCAGAGUCCUAUCCUAUUUUGCUGAAGCUGAGAUUGAGCAGUGCCUCCUGAUACCUGGUAAAUGCUACAAGAUGAUUGUGGCACAGGAAUUUUCAAUAUUUGAUUCUUUCCCCGUCAGCCUUCCCCCUUUUCGGCGGCUUGGGAGCCGCAGUCGGGAGGGGCGCCGUUGUCCCACACCCCCGACGGCCCUUGUGGUGGCAUCUGGGGGGGGGGGAGGGUGCUCUCCAUUCCGGCCUUGGAAGGCAAGGCCAAUUUUUGUAAGGUUGUGCUGCUUUGGGGAGAAGGAGCCAUGUCGCUUUGCUGGCUACCUUCCCCCGUCUUUUCGGUGGCUUGGGAGCUGCGGACAGGAUGGGUGCCUGUGAUGGCCUGGGACUCGGACUCGGAGCCAGAGGAGUCUCAGUCUGCACCGGAUCCUUUGCCCCAGGUGGCAUCUGAACCUAGUCUGGGGCCUGAUUCUGAAGAGCCCCAGUCUGCACAGGUUCCCCUGCAACAAGCACCAGCUGGGCCGAGUCAGGAGCCUGAGUCUGCCCUGGCUCCAGAUGCGGGGAUUACCUUGUUGCCUUCAGCUGGGCAAUCACUUACAGCUGCCCCACUACCAAUUGGGUCAGGGGAGGCUGAGGCGGCCUCUGGGUCUAGUAACCCACCGACGUCUCCCGAGCUGCAGAGACUAAGGUCUGAGAGAAGGAGAGGCCUGAGUACUCGCAGGAGGAGUGCUCGCCUUCAGGUGAGACAGGGAAGUGAGUCACCGGGGGAUCAGGACCGGCCGUUAGCCCGUCAGAGAUAAAAGGCUGCUGGACCCUGCCCCAGGUUGCGGGAGCAACAUUGCUGCUUGCUGGAACCUGCCUUUUACCCUGUCCCAAGCCUUCCCCAAGCUGCCGAAAAGAAGGGGGGAAGGCCACCGGACUUUUUUUCUUUCCCCCUCCUUGAAUUUUAAAGGUGUGGCUUAUAUUCGGGCCAAUACGGUAACUGCAGAAAAUUCUUAAACCAUAAAGACACUUGUAAUGUGGAUUUUUUAAAUUUAUUUUUUGGUCAUUAUGGUUAUAUAAUAAAUAGGUAAAGGUAAACUGACCAUUAGGUUCAGUCGCGGAUGACUCUGGGGUUGCGGCGCUCAUUUCGCUUUAUUGGCCGAGAGAGCCGGCUUACAGCUUCCGGGUCAUGUGGCCAGCAUGACUAAGCCGCUUCUGGUGAACCAGAGCAGCGCACGGAAACGCCGUUUACCUUCCCACCGGAGCAGUACCUAUUUAUCUACUUGAACUUUGACGUGCUUUCAGACGGCUAGGUUGGCAGGAGCAGGGACCGAGCAACGGGAGCUCACCCUGUCCCGGGGAUUUGAACCACCGACCUUCUGAUCGGCAAGCCCUAGGCUCUGUGGUUUAACCCACAGCGCCACCCAUGUCCCCUAUAUAAUAAAUAGAUAAGGGUAAAAGAGGCAGUUAAUUUAAUCUUAAAGAUGGAAUGCAUAGGGGAAGGGGAGGAGGUCUGAGGGUUCGAAAGAACUCUAUUUUAAUGUUGGAAAUCGUUUUGUUUUAUACGUAUACAAGUUUUUCAAAAACUCCAAAAUUAUUUUAAAAAGGAAAUUCUUAAACAAUAUGCAGUCAGAUAUUAUGACGUACUAUUACCUUUUCCAGGGGUUGACAGUUCAUGAUAAUUUGGCAGUGAAAAUAUGCCAUGAAAUCUUGAUGGAUCCAAGUGCGCCUGAUGUCCGUAUCUAUGUAAAAGCUUUGAGUUCCUUAGAACUUAAUAAAGACUUCACAAAAGACCUGCUGGUUUUAUUAGAUGAGAUCCUUGGGGUAGGUAAUCACUUUUUAAAUUAAAUUUGGAGUGUUUGUGUGUGGAAUAGUGCUUAAAUGGUAGCCCCUUAGCUUCAUUUGCCAUAAGUAGAACUUAACUGAAUAGGAGAGAUCCUUUAAAACAAGAACUUCCUGACCAUGUGAGAUAACUUUGGUUUUUAUGGUGCAAGUUGCCUCUGAGUCAAGUAAUUAAUAAAUGACCCUGUAGAACUUCAUUUUGGAAAACACGUAUUGUUGAUGAUAAGCCUUUAUUUGCUUUUAUUCUGCCGAUUCUAAAAAACCCAUAGAAUUAAAACGAGUGACUUUAAACCUUGGUAUAAAUGUUUUCCAGCACAUUCCUAUAUCUCUCAUGUUGCUGUUUGAUUAUUGGCAGUUAUUAACUUGGGCUUCUUUGUUAAUGUGUGUGUUAAAGCUGAAGUUAAUUUAAACUGCUUCACAUCUAAGAUGGAGAAAAAGAUGCAUGUGUUGCUAUGUUGAUAUAUGCCCAUUGCACAAUUACUUUAUAAUUAAUUCCCACCAUUUAAGGUUGUAUUAAUAUUCACCAUUAUCCUUCACUGCAGAAAUUGAACGAUAAAAUGUGUUUACGAAUGAUAGAAAAAGUGAAGAGCAACAUAAACGAGGAAAACAGAAUUAAUGGAGGCAUCUCUGAAGAGGUACAGGAAACGGACCUUUCUCAAGUAACUCAAGACACUGCUAGCCCCGACAAACACCACUAUAAUGACAGAACAUCUAAUUCCGCUGACCAGAAUGGAGAAGGUAAUGUAAAAACAAUAAACUAAAAAAGACCUCUGGUUGUUGUUUUUUAAUUCUUCUCUCUAGAAUAGCUGUCUAAUGUAAAGAGUGUCUGCUGUCUAAUGCUGCAACCCUGUACCCACUUAUGUGGAAAUAAAUCAUUGAGGCAUAUUUCUAAGUAGACAUAUGCAAGAUUGCAAUAUAAAUCAAGUUAACCUGAGAGAAAACUGUUCAACUUUAUGCCUGAUUCUGUAUUGCCUCUGCAUCAAGGAGAGCAUCCAAUAAGGAUUUUCUGCACAAGAGCCACUGAAAUGAGUGGGGAGGCAUUUAUUACAUGUACAUCCUUUAAAUAUUUUUGUAUUUUGCUUUAUUUAUAUCUUGCCUUUCCGUCAAUGAACGCAAGGUGGAAUACAGUGGAACCUCGUGUUACGGACAGGAUCCGUUCCGGAGCCCCACCCGUAACACGGAACUGACGCGAGCCAAAGGGCCGCAUCUGCGCACAUGCGCGAUGCGAUUUAGCACUUCUGCGCAUGCAUGAGCGGCGAAACCCGGAAGUAACCUGUUCCGGUACUUCCGGGUUGCUGCAGGACGCAACAUGAAGCGGACAUAACAUGAGGUAUGACUACGUGGUUCUUCUCUCCCCUUGUUGGAUAGCUUGGCUUCAGAGAUGAUGAUUGUUCCAAGGUUACCUCAUUGAGCAUCACAAAUGAGUGAGGAUUUGAACCUCAACAGUGCCAACAUCCACCCCCUCCACAUUUUUACAUGGCGAUGUGCAGCAAAAUUCUGGUUGAGGCUGCAGGUGCCUGCCAUCUUCCUGGAAGUCGCCAGCCUUGACUUUGCUUUGCAAGGCAGCUGCUCUCGAAAGCAUACGGAUUGAUAUGGCUAACUUGACCCAACAAUCAAUCUCUCUUCCACCACAUACGCAAAGAACUCUCGCUGCAGUCAAAUGUUGUUGUUGUUUAGUCGUGUCCGACUCUUUUUGACCCCAUGGACCAGAGCAUGCCAGGCACUCCUGUCUUCCACUUCCUCCUGCAGUUUGGUCAAACUCAUGCUGGUAGCUUCGAGAACACUGUCCAACCAUCUCGUCCUCUGUCGUCCCCUUCUCCUUGUGCCCUCCAUCUUUCCCAACAUCAGGGUCUUUUCCAGGGAGUCUUCUCUUCUCAUGAGGUGGCCAAAGUAUUGGAGCCUCAGCUUCAGGAUCUGUCCUUCCAGUGAGCACUCAGGGCUGAUUUCCUUCAGAAUGGAUAGGUUUGAUCUUCUUGCAGUCCAUGGGACUCUCAAGAGUCUCCUCCAGCACCAUAAUUGAAAAGCAUCAAUUCUUCAGCGAUCAGCCUUCUUUAUGGUCCAGCUCUCACUUCCAUACAUCACUACUGGGAAAAAGACAACCAACUGUGCCCUGCCCCUGAGCCUCUCUGACUGCCAAGGAAAAAUAAUAAAUGAAUAGAAAGAGAACCUAUCCAGGAUACACUGGCACCCCCCCCAAACUAAAAGAAUGUUAAGUUUUACCAUCACACCCACCCCUUUCCCCCUCUUCUCCCCCAACCUUAUACACUCAUAGCUCAGGUUGAAUAUGCUUCAUGUUGAGCGUGUUCGAGCAUGCGCUCAAAAUGACGUCAUGCGCAGAAGCGGCGAAAAGCGAUGCGUGCGUGUGCAGAUGUGCCAUCGCUAGUUACGUUUGCUUCUGGAUGCGAACGGGGCUCCGGAACGGAUCCCGUUUGCAUCCUGAGGUACCACUGUACAGUGGUGCCUCGCAAGACGAAAAGAAUCCGUUCUGGGAGUCUCUUCGUCUAGCGGUUUUUUCGUCUUGCGAAGCAAGCCCAUUGACGGAUUAGCGCUAUUAGCGCUAUUAGCGGCUUUUAGCGGCUUUUAGCAGCUUAUCAGCUUAUCGGAUAAGCAGAUAAGCGGCUUAGCGACUUAGAAAAAGAGGGGGAAAAGGAAAAAAAAAAACCCAGGAACUCGCAAGACAUUUUCGUCUUGCGAAGCAAGCCCAUAGCAGAUUCGUUUUGCGAGGCACCUCCAAAACGGAAAACUCUUUCGUCUAGCGAGUUUUCCGUCUUGCGAGGCAUUCGUCUUGCGGGGCACCACUGUAUUGUAUACAACACUAAUGUUUCGCAUCAAAUGUAACUGAUCUGUAGAAAAGAUGUUACAACCUGAAAGAGAGACAAAGUGCAUACUUUUGUAACCAGAGAAAAUCUUUAAUAAAAAUUAAGGAAGAAAUGAAGGAAGGAAGAGGUACCUACUGGCUACUGUCUCGUAAGCUCGCUUGGGAGCACUAGGGUGGCAUGGAGUGAUGGGGCUGAUUCAGGGCUCCCCCAGAGGGUACCGUGCCAUUUGAGUGGGGACAUGUGCAGUAAAACUUUCAAUUGGAUUUUUGCCCCCUAAAUUUAGGGCCUGUGAUCCUAAACAUUUUUUGUGUGAAAAGGACUUCAAAUCUCAGAAAUGCGUUUAGGGAUGCUUCGAUACUAAUUUCUGCUUUUGAUAUUCUUUGUGUUAAGUAGAAAAUAAAGAAACCACUCAAAUAACUGAAGAGAGAGAAAGCACAACUGCAGUGUCAAGAUCUUCAAGAAAGAAAACCACAAAAGGUAUUUAAUAUUCUCCUGUAAAUAUAUUAAUAGUAUUUGUUUUGUGAGGGCUUAGAAACAUUUUUAAAAAUAUUUUAUUUAAUUAAGAUUUCCCCAUAAUACAGUAAAAGUAGAACUACAGAAGAUACAAACCGAAUAAGUAAAAUAUAAAGUUCUCUCUUAAAAGUAAUUAUUGGCUCAUAUAACCCACAGAGGACAGUGGCUCCUCCCAGCUCUCACCUGGGAUCUUUCCUUUCUCCUACCUGCCUCUUACCCUGGGGACCAACAUUUCCUUUUUUUAAAAAAAAUAAUAUUUAUUACUUUUCCAAAAAAUUUAAACACUAAAAAAAGAAAAAACACAUACAAUACAAAACAUUAAACUAACAAAACAAAACAACAACAAUAAAAUAAAUCAAACAAUUUCAUUAUCCCAUCUUUCGUUCACUUGUUUCCACGACCUCCUCACACCUCUGUAUUCCACUUCUGUUAAUUGUUUCAGCAAUUCCUUUCCAUCUUCCUGUUUUCUAUCCUAUAAUUAUCUUAACACAUUCUAACCUUAUCUUUCCCUGUAAUACUCUAUUAAUCUAUUUAUACUUAAAUCCUUAUAACAUUUCUGCUAAAGCCAUAUAACUUCAUUCCAACAUUUUUCUAACAUUCAUUAAUUUUACAGUAUUUCUGUAAAUAGUCUUUAAACUUUUUCCAAUCUUCUUCCACCGACUCUUCUCCCUGGUCUCGGAUUCUGCCAGUCAUUUCCGCCAAUUCCAUAUAGUCCAUCAACUUCAUCUGAGACCAACAUUUCCUUGUCUCUCUCACAGGGUCCUCCAUCAACCCUCUACCACACCCUCAUGAGUAUACAAUCAUUCCUAUUGUCUCUUUUAAUUAUACAGGCAGCAAGCAAUUUACACAGGUCUUACAAGUGUAAGCCUAUCUCACCCUGUUCCGCCGUGCCCCUUUUUGUGACGUUUUGAGGUCAUUUCCAGGUUCAGCACAUUUGUGUGGUCACGCGCAUAUCGGACUCGCCUAAAACAGUUGCUGCCUGUACAUUUAUCAUCAUCAUCAUUUUAUUUUGCUGCUGUGGGCAGAAAUAUUUUAUUUGUUUGUUUAUGGGCUUUUUCCAGUUUUAUAUUUACAGAUCAUAUUUUCAUCCUUGUACAAUAAUUCACAUAGACUUCACCACCCAGCUUUCCAUGGCAGUUUAGAUACAUCUUAUCUACCUGCAUAUCCAUUAAUUUACCCAUCCUCUUUCGCCCCCCUUCCAUAUCAUUGUUAUCACCUGUUGAUCGUAAGAUUACCCCUACUUGAACGUUAAAUUUAACGCCAUAUCUUUGUAGAUAUUCCCCGAAGUUUUCCCACUCAUUGUCUGUUUUUUAUUUUGAUUUCAUAUUUUAUGCUCGCUAAUUCUGCAUAGUCAGGCAGCCCUGUUCAGGGAAGUUUUUAAUAUGUGACAUUUUAGUGUAUUUUUCAUCUUUGUUGGAAGCUGCCCAGAGUGGCUGGGGAAACCUAGCCAGAUGGGCGGGGUACAAAUAAUAUAUUAUUAUUAUUAUUAUUAUUAUUAUUAUUAUUAUUAUUGUCACUUCAUCUCCAGUUAUGUCCAGAAGGAAUGCUUCUGGUUUCUUAGGGAAAGUAAAUUUAAAGAUCUUUUUUAACUCAAAAUUUCCAGGUGUAUUUGCACUGCCACCACAGGUGGAGAAAUGAUCCCUCUGCUUCUAAGCAUUUCCAGCAGAGCGUGGAACCUCUUUUACACAUUUUGACCAAUUUGACAGGUGUCAAAUACCACCUGUAAUGCAUCUUUUGCAUGUUUUCUCUUAUCUGAUAACGGGCAGAAAAGUUCAUUGUUUUAUUCCAUAUUUUCCCCCAAGCUAAGAUUUCAAUGAUAUGCCCAGUGUCUAUUGCUCAUUUUGUCAUUGCCUAUUUGAUGAGUUCAUCUUUAGUCUCCCAUUCUAAUAUUUUUAUAUAUUUAGAUUAUUUUUUGUGUGUGUUCCCUGAUACCAGUUUUUCAAAUUCUGAUCCUCCUUGUUGCUGCCUGUACAUCUAAGCUACUGUUAGUGUGUUGCUGUAUGAUCAAAAUGUCUUCUUCUUUGGUGAUCACUUGUAGCCGAGUAGGAUUGUCUUCCAUAAACACAGUUUUAACAAUGAGUCUGUAAGUGACUCAAAAUGUACGGAGACAUUCACAUAAUUUUGCUAUUACUGUAACACAUAUUGGAUAAGAUACAUUUGUGGCUUUAUAGUCCUUAAGGCCUUUACAAGCCCUCUAAUAUUGGCUUACAGAACUGUCCCUUAGAUUAGAGAAGAUUUCAUUUUGACCCUGUUCAGCCUUUGAGUGUUGAUGGAGCUGUAGUCUUACAACCUGCUAGAAGCCAGGCAUGCUAAAGAGACUUUGUGUCAGGAACUGCCAGUACAGUGAAUGUGCUUGCAGGGACUCUGCGGGUGGAGCAGUGAAAACGGGUAGAGAAACUAGUUCUACAAUUUUAAAGGCAGUCUUUGAGGGAGAAAAAAGUAAUUUGUGGUCUUUUAGGUCUGAGAAAAACGGAAGAGAAGUCUGUGCCGAGAAGAAUUGUGGAGUCCGAAAGUGAAAGGUAAUUUGUGUGCAAACAUGGAAUGUUUAUGCAGCAACUCCUGUUUCAAUUGGACAAACAUUUAUAAUUCUCACUCAUCUCCCCACCAGCAGACAUUCAGCUAAAUUGAUCUGUUUAGUCAUUUGCUGAUUUACAUAUAUACAACAGGACUGCAGCUUUGGGUGACUUGACCCUGUGGCAGUUGAGCUGUGGGGCCCUGCAGGGCUACAAAGUUCCCUCAGUGCUUUGAAACAUGUAUACGAAGCUGUUUGGUGCUGCCAUCAUUUGGGACUUUGGGUCACCAUUAUGUAGGCGAUACCUCGCUGUAAAGCCAGCAAAGCAAGAGCCGCUGAUACGCUCUCCACGGCUCUUGCUCUAAAGCAAGAAAAGCAAGAGCUGCGCAGAGUGUGUCAGCGGCUCUUGCUCUACUUUACAGCGAGUGACGGACGGGAGCCAUGGCUCCGGCUGCGGAGGCAUCCCUCAGCUCGCGACUGCAGUGGCAGCCGAGGGAUCCCUCUGCCAUCCAGUGCAUUCGCUCCAUAAGACACACAGACAUUUCGCCUUACUUUUUAGGAGGGAAAAAGUUCGUCUCAUGGAGUGAAAAAUACGGUAGGUGUUACGUAACUGUACUGAUCUUGCAGGAUCCACACUUGCGGCUUAUAUUAUAUAUUGUUAAUUUGUUUUGCAACCUGCCCUUCCUCCCAAAAGAGCUCAUGCAUGUUAUCAGACCCACUUAGAAAGUCCUGAACAAUUUAGGGUCUAGGGUCUGUAUGGCCUCUACCAGUACCAGCCUGCGUAGGCUUUAUUGGGAUACUUUCAUGCUGGUCCCAGGCGAGUGCUGCUUGUUGUGUGGUGAUGCAAGAUAUGGCCAUCUCUGUAGUUUCACCCCAGCUGGGGGUGGGAAUGGGCAGAUAAAGCAGAGGUGCAUAUGACCCAGAACAGAGAGGUAAAGAAGGCUGAAUUUCACACAAUAAUUUGCAAUAACACAAAUAAAUGAGUGCUGCUUCUAGUUUAAAAUGGUGGAUUAAUGAUUCCUAAACCCUGUUACUUUGCAGUGAAGAAGAUCAACAAUCUGUUUCACUGGCAAGACCAUCACGCCGAGCAAAAGCAACAGCUCUUGAAAAAACCAGAAUGAAUCUCUCCAAACUUCUGGACAAAUAAUUCAACUGACCGAAAAGUAGACCAGUGCAGCUGGAUGUAAACCCACUUUUAAAUAAUUGUAUGUAAAAAACAAAGCAAAGCAUACCUGCUCGGUAACUCAUUUUCUGCUUAAUCCUUUUUGUGUGUGCACAUGCAGUAAAUGGUUAGACUUGGGUAUGCAAAGACAAAUACUUUCUUCUUUAAUUUCGGGAGAGUUUUUUCUGACUUGCAUUUUUUUUUUUAAAGAUUUGACAGUAGUGCACAAUGUGGAUGAUUUGCGAAUAGUACCACCUAAUGAGGUUACAUUGCAUAUCUGGCUUAAAUGCAAGCUGUAUUCUGUUUCCUGCAUAAGGUGCAGGUGCUAACCUAUUUAUGGAUUAUAGGUCAGUUUUUUUUACCAUGCAAAAUGUAUAAAUGUACUGUUGAAGUUACUCUUUUAAAAGAUGAAAUAAAGGACAUUUACUGGAUGUUGCUCAUCUUUACCAGUUUGAUGGCUGUAAGAUUAUUUUGGCUUCAAAGGUGGUGGUAAAAGCGGAAUUAUAAACAUAUUAUGCAGAAUUUUGGUAGAUCGGACUGGCAUAAAAUUCUAGAAGUCUGAAACCUUAAAAUUUCAGACUUAUGGCCUUUAUAUUUGAGAUGUAUCUGAAACAUAAGUCAGUUCAAGUUGCCCACUGUACCUUGCUAUUAUUAUUAUAAUUAUUAUAUUUAUCCUGCCCAUCUGACUAGGUUGCCCCAGCCACUCUGGGUGGCUUCCAGCAUAUAUAAAAACAUAGUAGGACAUCAAACCUUUAAAAGCUUCUUUAUACAGGGCUGCCUUCUGGUGUCUCAUACUGUUGUUAUUAAAAAGAAACCAUUGGUGGUGGUGGUAGUGAUAGAGAUGGCUGAUCCAUUAGUCCUGGGUACACCUUGUGGGCUAGAAUUCUCAUCCACUAACUGUCACGUUUCGGUGGAAAAAAAGUUAGUGCUCAUAAUACUUAAAGCUGUGUAAAGGCAUAAAAUGCUGCUGUAUUUUAUUAGCAGUAUUUUGGAAAUGAGGUGGGUUUCUUUGAAAUCUUGGUUGUAGAGUGAAUAUUGAAUGGUUGAUUUAUUAUAUUGAUUGUUUAAACUGGCUGUAGGAUAUAAUAUGCUCCAUAUUUGAAAACAUGGUGCCAGGACUGCCUUCUGUGUGUGUGUGCUAGAAGUAUCAAGUAAUCUAUUUUUAAAACAAACUAUAGACAAUGUAACCAUUUUAAGACAGAAAAUCCAGAAUGUAGUUUAUAACCAUUUUAAUCUUAGUUUGAUGUAAUUUCUACAAGUUUUCACCCCCAUCACCAAACACUUAGCAAAAUGUUGAUAAAAUGAAGGCUUAGGAAAUGACUGAGUCUGUUUUCUCUACAAUCAAUGGCCCUUCAGAUUAUUUUUUUUAAAAAUGACAUACAUUUCAUAGAAUAGGUGAAAAUUGUGAUUUAGAAAGCAUACCAUACAUUUUAAUAAUUAUAAUCUGUAAGAUUUUUAAAACCCUUUGCAUUUUUAUACAGCUUUGCACCAAGGUAAACUAUCUACUGAAUGUAUGAAUAACUUUUACACAUCACGUUACAUAAAUAUAUUAACAUCUGUGCACGAAAUAAAACCAGAGAAUAUAUCAUUAGCGGCAAAAGAAUAGAAAGAAAUACAGCAUACUGUAAAAAAGACAGUAUCUCAUUCUUAUGACCUAUACUGAAGUUGUUUCGUAUUUACAUGCAAAGAGUCACAGCCAACUAACAAUAUUCAUGGUUUACUAUGAAGCCACAACCCCAGCAUGUCAUCUCAUGAUCAAAAAUGCUUAUUCAGCAGAAAAAAACAAUUGCACACAAUGUACAAAACAAUAGUGCAAGAAGAGCUGCAAACUCCUUGUUCUCUUCAUCUUUGAGCUUUUGGUUAAAAACUAUACAGCUGACCAGAGAUGCUGUUGUGAAACUUAGCUUCUACUCCAUGGGUAGAUUUAAGGCACAUCAUUAUUUUCACAGGUUGGGUGCUUAUCUUGUGUCAAAUAUGUUCCAGUUUUCUGUUUUUUUCAUAUGUAGAAACUGGUUAGAGGGAGGACAGGAAUUAAAUUUAGAUUAAAAAUUGAAACUAUCAUCUAAAGUAGAUGCAGCAACCUGAAUUUUAUUGCACUGUCCAGAAUAUCAGGUUUCAUUGGCUUUCUAAGUGCUGCCCUGUCCUAUUGGAUUGAGCUAUUUGAGCAUACACAGAUCCCAUCUCACAACUACUAUGAAAUUGGAUUUCCCAAUCAGGAACAGGAGUCUCCAAAGUGAUUAGCAGUGUCCUACUUCUCUAUCUGGAAAACGUCACGAGGGUGUAGUGGUUUCGAGCAAAGUUUUAAUUAACGCUUCUAAAAAUGGAAAACGUUGAAACCUCUUGGGCUUUGCAGAGGCAGAAACUGUCUGCUUCCAGCGCUGGAAUACUCUACAAGCUACGGACUUAUUCUACUACUCAGAACACCUAGAGACAUGUAUAUAAAAUAACUUAACAAUGGUAAAGUUGUUUGGGCUUCUCGGUGCAUGUAUUGGAACUGCAAUACAUGUCUAUUCUGCCUUCUAGUGCAGACGUCUAGUGCAGUCAUGGGUGUGAAUCUCUGUUUAGGAAAAGCUACAACUUUCUCAAGUCUGCAAAUUGCACAACACAUGGCUCUCUGGCUUGUAGUAAGGCACAGAUGUAUGUAUGCUCUUGCAUAACCCUCUCCCAGUAAUCGGGGAGAUGAGGACAAUUCUGGAAUAUAUUUGGUUGGAUCCUGAGAGCCACAAGCAGAAUGACUUUUGCAGAACUUCUCUUCUCCCCCCACAAAAAAUUAAAAGCUUCUGAGGGUUGGGGAACCCUUUCAUAUAGGAUUUGAGGGAUUACUUACACUUAGAGUUAAUGGGUUCCAACCCCAUUUUUGUUUUGCAAUUAUACAUUAGGGUAUUUGCUUGCUUUUAAUGUAGAGCCUGUCCUGUACACUUCAAAUUAUUAUACUUUCUAUAUCUUUAUUCUCUGGUGGCAGUGGUAGAUGGAACAGGCAACUAUUAGACGUCUUUGCAGCUAAUCUAAGUAGCAUGGAUUGAUGAUCUGAGAGUGCAGUGCUUGAAAGUGAUUUCUGCAAAUAUUUCAAAGGGUAUGUGGGAAGGACAUUGGUACCUCUGCACACUUACUAUAUUUCCAAUAGACAUGGGUAACUGAAACUCAACUGGAACUAAGCUGUGUUUAUACAGGCUCUAUAUGCUAUACUCAACAGUAUUUUUAAACGCACCUGUACAUCUGCCAGCAAACAUUUUCAAUGUUUCACUAAAACCCACACAAAAUACAGAAAUAUUUUGUGAGGUAACUGGAUGAGGUGCCCAGGUUUAGCACCUUUCAGAUGAACUUACUACCAGUUGCAUAAUUUUAGCUCAAAAAGAAGAAUGAAGGAAUGCCCUUAGCCACUGAACACCAUGAUUCCAGGCCAUGACAUUCUCUUAUAAAGAGCCUGGCUUUUCUGUGCAAUUAAGCAGCAAGAUAUAUUUUACUUAGUAUGUUAAGUUGCACAUAUGUUGAAAGGUAUAGUUACACUACAUAUUAUUUUCUCCUAUAAAUGAGUGGCUGUUUCUUUUUUACGGAGAAAUGUCAAGAGUUGCAUUUGGGGACAGCUAUAGUAUAGGCUAUUGUGUUGUGCAUCUCCAGGAUGGGUCACUAGCUAUACACCACUGGUGCGACAGGUUAUGAUCAAGACUACUCUUAAGUAAGCCAGUGACAUCACUGAGAUUUUAACUCAUAUAAGUCCUACGUUAGCUGCUACACCUAAAACUACAUGUUCAGAACAGAUUCAGAUCAAACAGUAUAGGAACUGGGCUGGUGGAAUCCAAAUGUCUAAUAUAACUGCACAAGUCUUACAGGAAUGAGUGCAUGUCUGCCGUUGAGAAAAAGGCCAAAGGGGACCAUCAGUUAAUUCCAACCAUUAAAAUCCAACUUUUAAAAACGGUGGCCUACAUUCAAAAGUCUUGGAUGGGGUACCAGGUACUCAUGAAUUGAAUGGUGGCACUGGAGGCUUGGGAUUUAUGAGGACUAGGUGUGGGGUGUUUUUUUUCUAGUUUUGGCUGGUUCACCAGUUAAGGUUCUGUUGGGUUGGAAAUGACUUGGCCACUGUACUCCAUGCUCUGGUAAUUUCCAGAUUGGAUUAUUGCAAUAUGUGGGGCUGUCCCUGAAGACAACUUGGAAACUUCAAUUGGUCUAAAUGCAAUGCUACCAGUUCAGUUCAGAUCUCGUAUUACUCCUGUUUUAAAACAGUUGCACUGGUUUCUAGGCCCAAUCCAAGGUGCAAGGUGUUUAAAAGCCCUAAACUACUCAGGUCCCAAAUACCUGAAAUACCAUUUCCUUCUCUACAGACCCUCUCAGGUGUUAAGGUCAGCAGAGGGGGCCUUUUUUGUUAUUCCACUACCCUCAGAAGCUUGGGGGUGGCGACAGCCCGGGAGAGGGCAUCUUCUAUUGCAGCUCCUAAGUUGUGGAACUCCAUCCCCACACAUCUAAAUCAUACUGCUCUAGCAAAUGCUGUAAACACCUCUUUUGAUACCCAAUAUGUAUAUUUUUAGGAUCCAUCUUAUUUCUGUGAUUGCAAGGAGUUUUAAACUAUUUUAAGAAUUGUGUUUUAAUGGUUGUGACCCACCCUGAAACCUUAGGGUGAAGGAUAGGUAGUACCUACUACUACUACUACUAAUAAUAAUAAUAUUCAGAGCGUAGUUGCCAACACCAAGACCCAGAAAGCCAUGGUUUGUAAAUGCAUAAUCUCCUGCUCUAAUUAACAUUCAUGACAAUCCAAACCUAAAGAUCCCAUGGAAAGCAAGCAUCCUUUAUGGCCAAAUCAGCUUAUUUACAAAAAUACAUAAGUGCAAGCUGUAUUACUAAUCUCCAAACAUAUGUAUUACUCUAUAUUUGAGCUUUGUGCUUUUAAUGCAUCCUUGUAGGCCACUUCAAGCUCUCGCAUGGCCAAAUGCAUAGGGUGUUAUUCAACUUCAUUUUACUCUUGAGAAGAUCCAGUGAAAUUAAGAGACCUAACUUAGCCACUUCCUUUCAUUUCCAUAGGACUACACUGAGUAAAGUAACUGCAUUCCACCCAAUGAUUUACUCUGCAUACUUCUAGAGCCUAUAUAUAAGCGUGCACAUCCUGGUCUGUAAAUAUGAACUAGAUUUAACCUCUAUCUUAGGCAGUACCUGACUUCUAAAAAAGAUGGCAUAGUCCUGAAGAGGAUAAUUUGUGGACAGGUUUCUAUGUGCACUGUGCAGACCAUUCUACUGUAUCAAAUGGCUGCUUUGGGGGAAUGAUGUCCCCUAUAUCUAUCAGCCAUGCACAUUCAGGGAUCUGUGCAUACUCUGCUCAUGGAAUCCCUCCAUCAACCUCUGCUGGGGAAAAAGAAUUUCCUUCUCCCCAUUGGGCUGGUGAGGGAAAUAAUGUAAUUGGUGAACAUUACUGUACUUGAAGAUUUAUAAUUUGGGCCGUCUGAGCAGAAAUACCAGGGCAAAGACACAAUGGGACCGACAACUUUCAAAAGGUAUAUAAGUGCCCUUUUCACUAUAGAUGGCAUAACUAUACCUUCUAGUGCAAAGGUUUACAUAACUCUGCGGAAACAGAUACUGUAAAAAGCAGCCUGUGAUGGAUUAACCCUAUAGUUACUCUUGCCAAAUCUAACAAUCCUAAUUCUACUUAGGUUGAAUCAUUACAAAAUGUUAAAAUGUUCUGGCAUUUUUAUACAUUUAUUUAAAAUAUAAUCUGCAAGAUGAGUAGCUGAACACAUGAUUAUUAUUAAUUUUUUUAAAAAGAAAUGCCUACUGCGAUUAUACAAUGUUGGAUUGAACUUCCCCUCUCCCCCACCCAAAAUCUGAACUUAUAAUCAGUUUAUCAAGCAAAACUAAACCAUAAACUGCGAUGCUCAAGUACUAAAGAAACACCAUCCAAGUAAUAUACAUGUGCACAAACUCCUUGCUACACUGUUUCUUGGUGCUUCCAUGCAGAUACCUCAGACUGGGAAGGAAGAGCAGAGCUGCAGACUACAAUAUGAACCAAGCUAUACAUGAUUGUCUGUUCUGCUUGAUGAAAGCCUGGCAGGUCUAGCUCUGGGGAGGGGCGAGAGAGGGAAAUAGUUUAGCCUCAAUGGAAGUAUAUCUUUUUUCCCCACUGAAUCUACAGAACUCCCCCCCCCCCCAAAGCUAUGAACCUGGAGACUUUUGAAAUCCAUCAAAAGUACAUGAAAAUAAUCGACAGCUCGGUGCAGAGGUAGAUUUAUUACUGGAAUAAUAUCUAGGGACCCUACACAUUUCAAGCUACACAAACUUCAUCACCGUGGGGUAGCAUCAGUCCUGAUCGAGAACAAAACCGUUUCAAGUCACUCCCAGUUCCCUCUGCACUCAGUAUGUAGUCCUGGACUGGGGGAAUCUGUGCAGAGAAGCAAGCGUCUACUAGCGAGGCCAAUGCAGGUGUGCACCUAUUUUGAUGCUCACCUGAGUCCAGCUUAAUGAGCUGGAUUGGGUCAGAGAUUGGGGGAAACCCUUUCGACCCUAAGGUAAAUAAGGACACAACAAUGCUAACCCCAGUCCUCCACAUGACAUCUAGUUAAAGUCCAUAGCUUCCACAGUUACAUUCCCGCUAGUCUGUCUCAGGUGAGGUAACAGUGCAAGUCCAAGUAUCCAGUAAAGAUCCCUUACCAACCAAACAACUUGUCAACCAAGUUGUCUGCCAAAGGGACAAUUUUAAGGAAGCUCUGCAGACAAAGAAAAAAGCUAAGUUUAACACCAAGAAAAAAUAUACAUAAAAAUAGGGCUCAUUACAGCAAUCUCAACUUCGUCAGAGAGAGGUUUCUGAAGCUGCUAUUUUCGGCAGGGUUGCUUCCAAAGGUCUUUUGGGGGAAAAACCACCACGCAUACAUCUUAAGAUACACACAAAAUGUCACAUAAAAACACAGCGAUGCAAUUUUACUCUGCAUUGGGGGGGGGGGGGGUUGGAAUUUUAGGAAGCCAGUUUGCCCAGCAUGCAACUUCUGGGCACCACGACCGAAUGGCUAACCAUUUUAAAGAGAUUUUGGCAUGCAUGUUCAGAAGUCAGUCAUAAGAAGCUUACGAAUAGGCACAGUCCCCCAGGCCACUUUCUGUGAAGACUAUGCCUGACCAUCAGAAGAAGCUCUUACCCCAGGCAGCAACCCAAACAGCCCCCAGAAAGGUAGUGUCUAGCUCUUUAAAGCAGUUUUGCUUAGUUAUUACAGCAAUGGCUUGCUCAGUUUUUACAAUCAUUCACAGUAUUGCAUGCUUAUCAGGGACUACAAGACAGAUGGACUCAUCUUGACGAUUCAUGGGUUUUGCUGUUAGACUUGGGAGCUUCCAUGAAGAGGCAACUGAAAUGGGAUCAUGGAGUAUUCAACAGCUCUGCUUGCAAAUCCUCCCAGCAAAGGCAGUCCAACAGGUUUAAGAGGUCC